UCCCCUCCUUCUGACACAAUAGUGUAUCCAAGAUGGCGGACGCGGGUGCAGCGAGCUCACCUGGGGGAGACUCGGUGCUGCCGCCGCCGCCGCCGCCGCCUCCCCCAGAGGAGCAGGAGCUGAGCCAGCGGCUCCGACGUCUCUACCCGGCUGUAAACCAGGCCGAGACGCCGCUGCCGCGCGCCUGGAGCCCCAAGGACAAGUACAACUACAUCGGCCUCUCCCAGGGCAACCUGCGCGUCCACUACAAAGGUAGGGGGUGGGGAAGGCGGCGGGGGGAGACGCGCUGAGGGGGGAGAAGAUUCCGGGCGGGGGCGGUUGGGGCGAAGGCCUGGGGCUAUUGGGGGGUCACCCUCUGAAGGUGAUGAGCGGUGGGUGUGAAGGAGAGAGAGGCGAAGAUGGUGACUGGGUGGAAAAACGCUUCGGGGAGAAGGCGUUGAGGAUCGGCAGGAGGGUUUCAGGAGGGGAGUGAGGUGGCAACGGGCCCUUGUCGCAUUUGAGGGGUUUCGGGGGGAACUGAUCCAUCGAAGACCCUGCCAAAGGGCAGUUCUCCUGGGGCGCUGUUUGAGGAUCCGGAGCGCGGGUGGGUUUGGGGCUUGGCUCGACCUGACUUAAUUGAACUUGCCUGUUGCGCUGCCAGCGAUGGGAUCUCUCCAGGGGUCAGCGCAGUUCCUGUGAAGCAGGCAGAAGGGGAUUUCCUCCCUGUCCUGAUAGCUGUGUGGGGUUGGCACGAGCCUUUCCCAACAGCAGACAGCCAGAUUAUUGUUUACACGAUCAUGGCAGAAAAUCAUUCCUUUGUGCCUUCUCUGGAAUUUGGAGUGCUGAUCUGUUUGCCCCCAAAUAGGGCCCUAGUGCCUAUAUUUCUUGUUGUCUUUUCAUGAGAACUGACAAAGGAAGAGACAGAACCAUCCAUGCUGUUUCCUCAUCCUUUCCCUCGUGGUGCAGUGCAGGGGCCCACUGCUUUGUCAACCAAGCAUCAUCUUAAGGGUUUCUUAGCAGAAUGAUUCUGGCUCUUUUAAAGUCUGUGUUCUAGUCUGACAGCUGUCACUGAGGAGUGAAAGGGCCCGGAACCUCACUCACCCCUUUCCCCCUUUCCUAUAUAUGUUGUUGGGUUUUUUUGCAGGACAUGGAAAAAAUCACAAGGAUGCUGCUUCAGUCAGGGCUACCCAUCCUAUCCCUGCGGCCUGUGGUAUUUAUUACUUUGAAGUGAAGAUAGUCAGUAAAGGUAGAGAUGGGUAAGUGUGUUCUUCUAAUGCCUCUUGGACAGUUUGUCUUUCUUUUUAGAGGGUUUGGAACGAAUCUCACUGCAUACACUUCAACUAGAUAGGGAUGCUUUGUAUGGUGGGGGGAGCCAUAUGGAUUAUAUCAAACUCAUACUUAGAUCCACUGAAAUUAAUGGACGUGACUGAUUUAGGUCCGUUACUUUUAGUGGGUUUACUCUGAGUCUGAUUCAGGUAGGUAAAACCUAAUGUGUCUAUGCAGCCCCAAAUGUAGGAUGUUGCACUAGUUUUAAUUUUAAAAUAGGGAACUGAGCCAGGUCUUUGGUUUUGAUUCAGGUUCAGUUGGGAGGAUACAGCUGUGAUUCAGGUUCAACUCCAGUUCAAGAAAAAAAAAAACCGGUUUGACUUCCUGCCAUCAAAUGCCAAGCCAGUAAUAUAGACUUAGAUGAGGCAUGCUUAUUAUGCUGCUCCCUUUGCUGGCUGUUAUGGAUAAUUAUACCAAGCAGACGUCUUAAAAUUCCAGUGUGGCUUGUUAGUGUGUUGGGACUGAAAUCCAAUAUGGCAGUGACUGUAAUGGAUGUGGAGGAGAAGAAUCCACAUAGCUGAGUGGAGCGGAAGAAAGUGUUAUUCUGUUUGUAGUAUUAAAAAUGUGUAUAAGAAUUCUCUUUUUGUAUUUGCUCAAGACAAAAUAUAUGGGUGACAUGCUAGGCAGUUAUAUAGUCAUGAGGAAAAUGAGAGCAUAGAUGGUCCAUUAAAUCUACAGGAUAGUUGGAAUUGCAGUUCAGUAUUCGCUGAUCAAUAGGAAAAUGGCAGCUUUCAUCUGUUAAAGCAGCAUCAGAAAAUCUUUUUCCAUGUGAUACCACAUAGGUCAUAGACUUGAAUACAUUAUGAUGGGAGAGUCUUAUUGUCUUCUUUCUUGCAUGUUAUUAUUACUUAAAUUUAUUAGUCACUAUAUCUUGCUGAGGGCAACCCAAAGCAUACUUUACAACAAGUAGCUUUGAGGUAAUGAACUCUUAAUAAUGAACAAAAAGGGUUUUUUCAAAGAUGAAGGUGCUGAAAAAAAGAGGCCAAGGCCAAACGUAGAACUCUUCUUAGAAGAGAUUUCUUCAUUUGCUUUUCCAGAAAUUGGGUUUGUACACUGAACAGUUGAUAACUUGGAGAGAAAGGAAAUAAGAGCUUAGCAAAGGGAGGUGGACUUUGGUGACUUACAUUUGACAAAUAGUUACAACUGUUUGUUGGGUGUGGUGAUAUAUCUGUGGGCACCACAUCUUUAUAAUUCCAGUGUCACAACAUGGGUGUGGAGACUAAAAAAACCUCUUCUAAAUACUGUUUCCUCCCUCUGGUACUACAGUAGAAUUUUUUGUGUCAUUGUUUCAGUUGCUGAAGUGAGAAAUCAGAUACCAGCUGCUCUUGAAGUAUCUGUUUACUCUUGGCAUUGCUAAGACCAGGGUUCAAAUCUUUUCUCAGUCAUGGAGCUCACUGGGUCUCCUUGGACCAGUCACCAUCUCUUAGCCUAACCUACCUCACAGGAUUGUUGUGAGGAUGAAAUGGGGAAGAGGAGAAACAUGUAUACCAUAUUGAACUCCUUGGAAGAUAGAGGUGGUAUAUAUAUAAAUAGAUAAAUAAAUAAGUUGUACCAGAGGCUCCAUUUUUAGGGUUCCAUAUAGACAAUUGAUGACCAGUGGAGGUAGAUAAUGUUUAGAUUCGUAACCAAAUAUCCUUUGGGGAGCAGUGAUUUAUACCUUAUUAGCUAUGCCCAGAAGAAGCUGCUAGUGGAGGCAUUGGUAUGGUAUUUAGCCAAGCCAUCCUCUUAUAUUGUACAAAAUUUAUAAUCAAAGUACUAGCCAGUGUGGUGUAGUGGUUAAGAGCGGUAGUCUCGUAAUCUGGGGAACUGGAUUCGCGUCUCCGCUCCUCCACAUGCAGCUGCUGGGUGACCUUGGGCCAGUCACACUUCUCUGAAGUCUCUCAGCCCCCCUCACCUCACAGAGUGUUUGUUGUGGGGGAGGAAGGGAAAGGAGAAUGUUAGCCACUUUGAGACUCCUUUGGGUAGUGAUAAAGCGGGAUAUCAAAUCCAAACUCUUCUCUUCUACUAAGGUGCAAUCUGACAUAUAGCUUCUUGUGUAAGAAUGGGAUUCUCAUUGCUUCCUUGAAACUGUCUUUGUCCAAAGAGUGGUGGAUAUGGGAUGAUGCUUUGUUUGUGAGUCCUGUUGAAAAGGCACAGUUGGGGAUUCCAAUGCAGCUAAGGGUGGGAGGCCUGGUGAUGAACUUGGGAAAGCAGAGGUCUGCUUUCCAAAAAUAUUGGAAACUAAGUUAUGCAGAUAUCCUCAUCCUGGACCACCAAGUGUGUUUUCUAGGCCUUAGAGAAGUAUUUCACCUGCAACUAAUUUCAGUCUCUUUGGGGUUCAAACUGGGUGUAUUAAUUAAUUUUCACUUGGCUAACCAAAUAUGGAGCGUGGAGCAAUGUGUCCCAGGACAGAAUUUCCUUGGUGGUUUUUUUGAUGCCAUCAUUCCACAAGAGCUUCAAAAACAUCCAGUAAAACAACUCCUGUGGUAUAUAUGGUCUGUUUUUGUUCAGAAGACACUCAUUUUUGUUACCAUUUAGUCAUGCUUAUUUAUCCUUCAAACUGGAGAACUAAAAUAAAAACCACUUGUACUUUUGGGUUCCAGGCCUGCGGAAAGUGCAAUUACCAGGCAUUAAUUUUGGCUAUAUUUUGUGUGGGUCUGCAUGUAGAGACGCCAUUUCUAUUUUUAAGUUCAGGAUGCAUCUUGCCUACUUCAUGAAGACUGAAGCAGCAUUACCAAGCAGCUAAGUCAUUUCCCUUCAAAAGAAACUGAGGAAGAAAUAUUGGCUGAACAGAGUGGCUGAACACUUUCUAAAGUUGGGAGGAAUUUGAUGCAUUGAAGUCCAAAUAAAAAUCUCUGCAAGGUUCUAGAAAUGAUAGCAGCAUGGAUUUGUCUGAGAAAUGCCUAAGCCAUUUAAUUCUGAAGCACUUUUUUGUAGGUUCUACUGCCUGCUAGGUCCUGUUCAGUUAACCAGAAAACACUACCUGUGCCAAGGAGCAAAGUUUACUAAUGUCUGCAGCAUAAAAUGCUUUCAGUAUCACAUUUACUCUGAAUAUUAUUACUUCCUUCCCUAAUGCAGGGAGGAGAAUAGUGGGGUAGAGAAGAGCUGGACAAAAUCUCAUAAGUUUUGUACAUCCUGUCCCAUGUAUUUUGUCCCCCAGCUCCUUGUGGAGUUUCCUAAUCAAAUAAUCUAUCUGGCAUAAAGUGUACUGAUAGUAAGAUUUUAUGUUGCAUAAGAUUGGAGACAGCAGUCCAAAGAAUGUAGAGUGAAUUGCUAUUAACAGAGGUUGAAUUGGAGGAUCUAUUUCAACAUUCUGUUUCCAGAAGAUGUUAUCCAGCAGUGGAUGCAGCUCUAGAUCUAUGUAGAUAGACACGUAUAAAGACAUGGGGCUGUUUCUGGCUAAGUCAGAGGAGAUCCAUGGAAAUUAGUGGAUUUAAGUUCAUCAUGACUAAAAUCCACUUAUUUCAAUGGGUCUACUCUUAGUGUUGCUUAACUGGAUACAGCCUAUUGGCUUACACAAUUUGGUGAGUGGAUCUGGUUCAGAUUUUAUUACAGCAUUGCUUUUAAGUAGUAAACGCUUCUGGUUGGAACAAAUUUAAUUUGUUAUGCAGUUCCCAGAAUGAUUGUAAAUAUUUGGUAUCUGAUACUAACUGGUAGGUAAAGACAAUUUCCAGAGUGACCAUGAUUGCCACAGAAGUGGUCUGUGGCCUAUAGUGAUGUGAGGAUUACCCUGUAAAGUUAUUUUAAAUUGAAACCUUGAGCAUAAAUCCAGUUACUGGAUGUUGAUUGUUUUAACUAGAGCUCAGAAAAAGGGGCUACUAUGCUGUUCUUAUGGCAGGUGAGAAUUGAAUAGUUUAGUAUCAGUGGUAUUACCAGGAAGUAUUCUGUACACAACAACUGACUUAAAGUGAUCAGAUCCAUGCAGACUAGAAUCAAACUUCUGAGGAUAACUUGAGUAAAUAUCAGGUAUGUGAUAUUUCUGCACUUUCCCAGCUGUAACCAAUUGGUCUUGGCAAUACAGAAACAUUGAUUGCAUUGUCAAGUCAGAGAGAGGCUGAGCCUGGUGGUGGAAACAGUCAUUCCCUGAAUGUGGCCUAUUGUGGAUAUGGUGGGAAUUGUCAACCCUGAAGCUGCUGGAAUCUAUCUUAAAAACUGUACUAAGUUUGUUCUAGCCACUGCUAGCUUCCAAAAUUAUACUGGUUCAUGCUGAUUCAACCUCAUGGGAGGAGAGCAUGUAUAUAAAAAUUGAAAGUAAAAUGGUUCACUUAAAGAACUAGGUUGGUAAACAGUUGCUUAGUUCAGUGUGGUAAUAUAUAUAGUUGUGCCAUAGCAUUGUGGCUACAUCUAACCCAGCAGCCCCCCCCCCAAAAAAAACCUAUUGAGAUCUAUAGAAAAGCUCACACAUUCACUAUGCAUUUGUUAGGGACUGCGUGAAGCCCAUUCCAUUAAUGGAAUGUAUGAACCCUUCUCCCAUAUAACCAGUGCAAUUGCAGGCUGUGUUGUCAGCAGCAAAGGCUUCCUUCUUGGAUCUUAGGCUCAGGUGAAUUCAGCAGAAAAAUGCUAUUUGGAGUGCAUUCGGUGGUGGCUCACUUUGGUACCCUAGGCUUGUCUGUUCAGACAAUUGUUGGACAUGUUGUGUUGUGGGAAUGGACCUAUACCAGGGAUGUCCAACAGCUCGACUGCAAUCGACAGGUCGACCCCCAGUUGUUAGAAGUCAAUUGCAGUCGAUCUCAGGCUCAUUUUUGUCUGCGGGUGAAAAGGAGCAUUCGGCCUGCCCCCUCCCUCCCUCUUUCCUUUACCGCACACAAUUUCAAGAGCGGAAGAUGGAGUUUCUGCUGGUGGAAUGACUUAUUGUUUAUCUAUUUUUGUUGCUGCCCCCCUAAAAGGUUGACAAUUUCGACCUCCCUCCCUCCCAAAAAAAUAGGUAGAUCACUUCCAGUUUUUCAUUCUGUGAGUAGAUCACAAUCUCUUGGGAGUUGGACGUCCCUGAACUCCCUCCCUCCCAAAAAAAUAGUUAGAUCACUUCCAGUUUUUCAUUCUGUGAGUAGAUCACAAUCUCUUGGGAGUUGGACGUCCCUGAACUAUAGUAUAUGCUUUAUGGAUAUAAAGUGAUAUUGACAUUAUGGAAAGAGGUCUUGUUUGUAUAUGUUUGGUCCUUAAUUACAGAAUACCCAAAGUUCCAAACCAGUAUGGUAUGGGGAUGACGAGAGAAUGAAAUAGCCCAGUUCUUAAAAGUGUGAUACUGGAUACCAAGAGGCUGAUUUUGCAGAAACGAAAGCUCAAAUGAAUAAGAUUAUAAAUCACUUGGGUUUUUUGUGACCCUUGCAGUAAUUGAGAAAGUGGCCUAUAUGAAAAGGGAGAUGUUUGAAGGUAUUUUGCAAGGCUUUUUUUGGGCCUCAACAGGGUUAAGGAGGUGCAUAGGACUUCUUCUUACCUGGGGUAGCUGACAGAGAAUCGGACACACACCUUUUUUCUUACAUAUAUUAUUUAUCAUAUUACUGAAUCCUUUCUCAUUUUCAAUGUUUUAGUCAGCAUGCCAUUUUGAUUUGGGUAUCUUGGAGUUAGGACUUUGGGAGGGAGGAAGAACUCUUAAGGGAUGUGUAAAGUUCUAUAAGGAAGGGGUAGGUGGGUUGGGAAAAGGAAGAGUUAAAAACUCAAUUUGAACUUUUUUUUUUUUUGUAUUUUGGUUCUUUUAGUAUACCAUUACAUUUCAGAUAGUGAAAACUGAAUAAUUAAAGGAGGUGUGAUGUUAGCAUGACAGUAGCAAUUAAUAAUACUUGUUAUUUGCACAGUGUGUUUCUACAAUACAUUGAUAUAGUUUUGAGUAUUAUAUCAGUAAGCUUUACAGCAGCCCUGUAAGGUAGUCUUGCUGGGUGACCCUCAGAUUACAGAUGGGAAACUGAGAUGUAAUGGGUUGUCUAAGGUCACCCUGCAGGUUCAUGACUGAGCUGGGUCUUGAAUCAGGGGCUUCUGAUUUCUUAAUUGUUAAAUGACAAGAUUGUUUUGAAUAAUUAGGACCCUGAAGAAAUAACUAAAAAUGGAGACACGUGGAAUGCCUUUGGAAACAGAAGCAGAUUUUCUUCACAGGAAAGUGAGAAGUCACUCCCAUGUUGUGGUUCUUCUGGUAGUACAUUUCUGUCACAGAGGUAUAAGCUACUACAGUAUAAGCAUUUCCAGGGUAGCCUAAUGAUAUGAAACACCCUUCCGUUAGGAUUUAAUGCAUAGUGCCAAGGGCUAACUUAGACAAGGAGUUCCUGUACCAGGGUUUGGGGCAAUCUUUCAGUAACAAGCAGAGCCACUAAGGAUCUUAGCCUUCUUAUAGCUGAAAAACUGUUUUCUUAAUUUUAAAGUGGUGGAUGAUUAUGCCUAGACCAUUCCUUGCAGAGCAGUGGGUUCAUGCGAGUACAAGUGCCAGCUAGCUGUAAUGACAAGUGAAAGCCAGUGGACAUUGACAUCAAACCGUAGCUGAAAGGAAUUGUAAGGAAGAGAUAAUAAAAAAUGGGGGGGGGGGAGCCCUCAGGAGCAGAGGCAGCUCAGUACAGUAAGAGCUCUCAAUGAAGGGAUUAGACUGUCUGCAACUUGUUCCUGUAGGCUUCCAAAAGGCUGAAUUCAUCCAGCAUCUGUAGCUGUAGGCAAUCCUGUGAUGGGAUUAUGAGCUGCUUGUGCGUAAAAUCGUAUUCCCUCAGAGUUUGUUCAAGUCCACAAACCUCUGUCUGUGACUGAGCCCCUCUGACAUGGCUCCUCUUAGUCACUAGAAGAUUCCGACAGUGGUUGCUUUCGUAAUCGCUUCCAACAUAAAAGCUCCUUAACGGAAACACGUCUUCUGGACUCUCUGCGUGACAGUUUCCGGCGAGGAGUGGGUGUCGCUACAGGAGGUCCGGAAACCUCACCACUGUUUUCGCUGGAAGUAUCUCUGAGCGAUCCCACCCGCUCCCUUUCGCUCAGUUGAGCUUGUCUCCCCAUGCUGGUUUCCUCUUCCGCUGCUGAGUCUCUUCCAACCUGUCUGAGCCCUUUCUCCUCCCUCAGUUCAGCUUCUCUCCCCUUGCUGGUUCCCUCUUCCGCUGCUGAAUCUCUUCCAACCUGUCUGAGUCCUUUCACCUCCCUUCCUUCCGAUGGCAGUUCCCUGACAUCCACCUCCCCUCCAGGGCCCCCUUCACCCCCUCUCGCCCCCUCCUCUCCGGGCGGUGAGGAGGCAAAACCCCGGAAUGAACGUCCUUCAUCUUCCGAUGUCUCGAACACUUCUCUCCACCUGUUGCGGUUCCUGGUCUCAAGCACUCCUCCUCCUCCGAGUCCAUCUCCCUUCCCCUUCCGAUUCUGGGAAUCCUUCCAACUCCUCCUCCUCCUCAGUGGUCCCAAAGUAUUCCCUCCGGAACCUCUCCACAGGCUGAGGUUUCCGCGGGAACCUUUGAUGGAACAUUUCUAUCAAUACCUCGUCAUUGAUAUCUUUGGCCAUUACCCACGUGUUUUCUGACUCCGGUUCUCCUUCCCACGCUACCAAAUACUCCACCUGAUUCCCCUUCCACCUGGCAUCAAGGAUUUCUGCCACAUGACUGCUGCAUUCUCUUUCUUCUAUGACCGGUCCCCGAGUGUCCAUCCCUUCUCGUCCCCACUCGUACGGUGACAGUAACGACCUGUGAAAUACUGGGUGCAGUUUCAUGUGGUUGGGUAACCGGAGCCUGAAAGCCACUGGGUUGACCUGUUGAAUGACCUCAAAGGGACCCAACCUCCUGGGUCGUAAUUUCUUACAACCUCCUUUGAACGGCAACCCUCGGGUUGACAGCCACACCCUAUCUCCAACCCUUAUGGUUUCACCUUCCCUUCGGUUCUUGUCUGCCUGCCUCUUGUAUUCUUCCUUCGCCCUUUCUAAGUUGAGUUGGAGCUGACGGUGGAUUGCUUCCAUUUCUUCUACAAAAUGCUCGGCUGCCGGUACGCUCCAUCUCUCCCCUUCUCCCCUGGGAAAGCCCUGGGAUGACACCCAUAAUUAGCCAAGAAGGGGCUCAUCCCUGUGGACACAUUCUCGGCAUUGUUGUAGGCAAAUUCCGCCAGCGCCAACUUUUCUACCCAGUCAUUCUCUCUGUCAUUGACAUAACACCUCAGGUAUUGCUGGAGGACACCGUUUGCUCUUUCCGCCUGCCCGUUGGUUUCAGGGUGCCGGGCAGUCGAAAAGUUGACCUCCACCUGCAGUAAGCUCAUGAGCUUCCUCCAGAACCUGGAAGUAAAUUGUUUUCCUCGGUCUGAGACCACCCUCAAUGGCACCCCGUGCAACCUGAAAAUGUGUUCUACAAAUAACUUCGCUGUCUCUUCCGCCGUGACUGCAUGCGAGCAAGCUACAAAGUGGCACAUCUUUGUUAGUAGGUCUACCACCACCAUGAUGGCUGUUUUCCCUUUGGACUUCGGCAGAUCAGUCAUAAAAUCUAUCGACACUGCCUCCCAAGGUCGUUCUGGUGUUGGUAAGGGUUCUAAUAGCCCCGCCGGCGCCCGCCUUUCCCCUUUGGCUCGCUGGCACUGCUCGCACCCUCUUACAUACUCACGUACAUCCUCCCUCACCUUAGGCCACCAAAAUUCCCUGGUGACCAACCACAUGGUUUUGUGUUGCCCAAAAUGCCCCGCCGUGGGGCUGUCAUGCAACUGCUUGAGUACCCUCCCCUUAAGUCUCCUUCAGGGAUAUACAGUGCCCCUUUGUAAUACAAAGCUCCAUUUCUUUCCUCGAAACCCCUUGAUUCCUCUCCCUCAUCCCUAAGACCUCUGAGCUUAUUCUGGGCGUAUUCAUCAUUCUCUGUUUCUUCUACCAGUUCUCUUUGUCCCACCAAUGCCGCCCCACACACCCAGCGGUCCUCUGGAAUGACAUGUCUCUCUUCGGGUGCUCCCUCCCCUCCCAAUAUUCAGGUUUGCGUGAGAGAGCGUCCGCCCUAAUGUUCUCUGGGCCUGGCACGUAACAAAUCUCAAAGUUAAAUUUGGAGAAUUCCUGGGCCCAUCUCACUUGCCGUUGGUUGAGCACUCGUGCCGUCCUCCAAUACUCUAGGUUCUUGUGGUCAGUGCACACUUGCACCUUAUGUUGUGCGCCAAUUAGCAGGUGCCUCCAUCUCCGGAACGCCUCAUGAAUGGCUAGUAGUUCUCGGUCAUACACCGUGUAGUUCCUCUCGGAUUUGUUCAGCUUUCGCGAAAAAAGCACACGGUCUCCACUCUGACUCCUCCUUCCCUGGCUGGAGAAGCACCGCCCCAACCGCUCUGUCUGAUGCGUCAGUUUCCACUCUCAUCGGUUUUUGUAAAUCCACAUGCAGGAGCUGUUGUUCCGAGGCGAAGGCCCUUUUAGUUCCUCAAAUGCUUGCUCCGCCUCCUCCGUCCAAACGAACUUCUUCUUACUGCUGAGACAGUCCGUAAUGGGCGCCGUCAGGUGGGCAAAGUUUGGGAUGAACUUACGAUAGAAGUUCCCAAACCCUAAAAACCUCUGCACAUCCUUCCUUGUUUUGGGUGUUUUCCAUUCCAGUACCGCCUGGACCUUGCCGGGAUCCAUGGCCAACCCCUUGUCAGACAGGCGAUACCCCAGGAAUUCCACCUCCUUGGUAUGAAACUGACACUUCUCCAGUUUCACCCACAGCUGGUUGGCUUGCAGCCUGCUCAACACUUCUCUGACGUCUCUCACAUGCUGCUCCUCAUUCUCAGAAUACACCAACACGUCGUCUAAGAAGGCCACACAAUUCUUGUAAAGCAACGGCCCCAGGACGUGGUUCAUAAACGAUUGAAAUGUUGCGGAGCCUGCUUGUAGACCGAAGGGCAUAACUAAGUAUUCAAAUGCCCCUAAAGGGGUGAACAUGGUGGUUUUCCAUUCAUCCCCCUUCCUUAUUCGUAUCAGGUUGUACGCCCCCUUAGAUCCAGCUUGGUGAAAAUCUUUCCCUUUCGCACCCUUGUCAAAAUGUCGUCAAUCCUGGGCAUCGGGAAGGCCACUGGUUCUGACACUGCAUUUAAGGCCCUGAAGUCACACACCAGUCUCGGCUUGUUCGUGUUUUUUUGUCCACAAAAACACUGGGCUGCCCCCACCGCCCUGGACUCUCUGAUGAACCCUCUCUUCAGGUUCUUGUCAAUGAACUCUCUUAGCUCCUGCAUCUCUCUGUCUGACAUGGCGUACAGCUUGCCCACAGGGAGCUGUGCCCCAGGGAGCAAAUUGAUUUGACAGUCAAAGGCUCUAUGCGGUGGUAGUUGGUCAGCUUCCCUUUCGCUGAAGACGUCGCGGAGAUCUGCGUAUUGUCGUGGUACCUUCACGUUCUCCUUCACUUCAGUCCCUGCUAGGGUGGCUUGGGCCCCUGCCAAAACCUUUCCCUCUUUGCAAUGUUCUAAGCAAUGUGCUGACCCAAAAGAAACCACUCUCUGAUGCCAGCCCACCAGCGGAUCAUGUAACGCUAGCCAGCUCAUCCCCAAUAUAAUGGGAGCUCCUCCCAAGGUGGCCACAUUAAAAGCUAUCAGUUCAGUGUGCCUUGCCACCUCCAUUAUCAUUGGGACGGUCUGCAAGCUGACUUCUCCUCCCAACAGCUCCCUGCCAUCGAUCGUGGUUACCUGCAGGGGGUUGCUUAAAGGGAGCGUCUGUAUCUGGUGUUCAGCUGCAAACUCUUUGCUCAUGAAAUUGCAGGAGCUGCCUGAGUCCAACAGCGCCUUUAUCUUUAGAGGGUGUCCGUUUGGGAGCUCUAGUGUCACUUCUAUCACUAGGGCGGGUUUAGGAGGUUCUGGAGUGGGCACUUUCACUGCUCUUUGGCCUGGCUGCUGUGCCCCGACAAUGGCAGCCAGGCGUUGGCUUUUAGUUGCUCCGGUAUUUUUCCUCUCUUCCCUCCACAGCUCCCACCAUCCCUUGCCAUUCCUUCCUCUGGGGGCAGACUCUGGCAAAGUGCCCUGGCUGUUGGCAGAGAUAGCAUUUCCGGGCGCCUUUUCCAUCCUUCUUUCCCCCUCACUGGGCUUUGUAUCUGCGCGCGCGCGCUGUUCCGAUUUCCAUCGGCUCUGCCGGCGGGACAGUUGGCUCUGGAAUGUCUGGAAUGCGGAACUCCUUCCAACGUUCCCCUUUCCCUUCCCGCCUCUCCAAUGCUCUCGCCUCCUGGCGCGCCCCUAUGGCCAGCGCUGAUUUGGUCAGCUGGUCCAUAGACUCCGCCCUGGGCGCCCGGGAAAGUUCAUCUUUCACAGCCGAAGAAAGCCCUUCUUCAAAGAGCAUUUGAAUGGGUUCCGCCGAUAAGUCCCACCCCAAUCUGUGUAUCAGCAUGGUGAACUCAGUCCAGUACUCACGUACAGAUCGGCUCCCCUGUUUGCAAGCCAUUAACUGUCUGCGCACCACUCCCUUUUCAAUAUCGCUGGAAAACAUCAGAUCCAUGGCGCGAAAGAACUUCAUCGUGUCUUUUAAGACGUCACUAUUCGCUGCCAUCAGGGGUCUAACCCAGUCUCUCGCCCCUUUUCAAGAUGCCCAAUCACAAAAGCCACUCGUGAUUCCUCAUCAGGGAAAUCAUCAAACUGCAGAUUGAGGGCAUAUUGCAUUUCUGUCCGAAAGCUAUGAUAGUCUUUGGGCUCCCCCCCAAAUUUUUGCACCAAUCCUGGUACCUUUCUGGCGAGCUGGGUGGCUUUCUCCCUUUGUCUGCAUCUUGAGCCCUCCUCUCCUCCAGCCUCGCCGUCUGCAGCGCCAGCUGGACCUCUAACACCCGGUACCUUUCUUCCAGGCUUGGACCCGCUCCAGCCCCUGCUUCUCCGGUUCCUGCUGGGUUGCUCAUUAUUAUGCCGUCUCCUGCACAAGCUGCGUUCAAAGUCUGUCGGAAUGCUGUGAUGGGAUUAUGAGCUGCUUGUGCGUAAAAUCGUAUUCCCUCAGAGUUUGUUCAAGUCCACAAACCUCUGUCUGUGACUGAGCCCCUCUGACAUGGCUCCUCUUAGUCACUAGAAGAUUCCGACAGUGGUUGCUUUCGUAAUCGCUUCCAACAUAAAAGCUCCUUAACGGAAACACGUCUUCUGGACUCUCUGCGUGACAGUUUCCGGCGAGGAGUGGGUGUCGCUACAGGAGGUCCGGAAACCUCACCACUGUUUUCGCUGGAAGUAUCUCUGAGCCAUCCCCCAGCUCCCUUUCCCUCAGUUCAGCUUGUCUCCCCUGCUGGUUUCCUCUUCCGCUGCUGAGUCUCUUCCAACCUGUCUGAGCCCUUUCACCUCCCUCAGUUCAGCUUCUCUCCCCUUGCUGGUUCCCUCUUCAGCUGCUGAAUCUCUUCCAACCUGUCUGAGUCCUUUCACCUCCCUUCCUUCCGAUGGCAGUUCCCUGACACAAUCCAUUUUAAGUAUUUGCACUUUUCCAUUUGACCAUGCUAAUACCAGCCAGUAUAUGCUGUGCUGGUGGUGAAUGUGUCAUCUUUGAUGACAGAACACCAUGGAUUUCAUAGUAACUGUUAGUAAAAAUGGCACAGUGCUUUUUGUGCUGUUUACUGUGGCAUUGAUGCUUAUGCUACUCAGCUGGUGAUGCUGGGUUGGGUGAAAUUUUGUGUUUGAAAUAAUGGUGAUGCAAAGAGUGCUGUACAUUUGCUUUGUACUGUAAGUAGGUUUGUAUAAUUAUUGUACAGUCAUACAAAGACCAGCGAUCUCAUGUUUUUAAUAUUUUGUUGGGAGCUUCCCAGAGUAGUUGUAACAGCCCAGUUGGAAGGACGACAUAUAAAUAAUAAAGUUGUUAUUGUUGUAUUUUCCCUGGAAUACUGCAAUUUGGCAGCACCGACAUUGUGACACGGUAGUGUGUUUGGACAUGGGAAUCUAUAUAUGUUCAGUCACGACAUCUCAAUGGAGCAUAUCAGUCUUUCUGCCUCAUUCCAUCUGCAAAAUGGAUAACAGUUAUCCUAGCUCAUAGUAUUCCUGCAAGUGUGGUGUCCUGAGAAUACAUACCUGCAUGUGCAUAUACAGUGGUACCUCGGGUUACAUACGCUUCAGGUUACAGACUCGGCUAACCCAGAAAUAUUACCUUGGGUUAAGAACUUUGCUUCAGGAUGAGAACAGAAAUCGCGCAGCAGCGGCGCAGUGGAAGCGGGAGGCCCCAUUAGCUAAAGUGGUGCUUCAGGUUAAGAACAGUUUCAGGUUAAGAACGGACCUCCGGAACAAAUUAAGUACUUAACCCGAGGUACCACUGUAUAGCUGUAGUGAUAUGGCAUGGCAUGAUGGUAUUGUUGGAUGGUAUUGUUGCUUGGUUUGGAAUUCUGUACCCUGGUUGUACCCGUAAAUAGUUUUCUGCUAAAUUGGGUGUUUAUGCUUGGCUGUGAGAGUGGCUCUUCUUUAGAAUGGGGAUGAGCUAUUAAUACAAUAAACAGCAUGAAUUGUGUGACUGUCACAACUAGUAUUUCAUCCCUGGCAUGCAAUGUUUAUAAAGUACAUGGAUUCUUUCAUAUGAGUUACAUACACUUAAAAAAACCUAUGCUCCAGCUAUUGUUCAUAAUGGGGUUGGAAUGUGUCCAGUCCCCCUGAAGCAAACAGAGGUCAGUGCCAGCUGCCCACUGGAGGGCAUUUUAAUUUUUGAGAGCAACAGUUUUUCUACUUUGGCACCCAAACCUUUAGCAAUCUACCAGUAAUCUGGACUGAUAUGAAAGAGUGCUUCUACUCGUAGAGUUGCCUGAAUCUUCUUAUGGGAGUCAUUUUGCUUUGCCUUCCCCAUAGACUUUGUGAAAGUCAUAACUUCUGGUGCUUAAGAACAGUUUUUCUAUGUUUAAGAAUUUGAGACUGAGAACCAGAUCACCAAGGAUUGGUAUACUUUUAAAUGGGGCACUUGCUUUUCCUCUGUGUGCCUGCAGAGCAGUUAAUCACAAAACAUACAAGCUUAAAGCAUAAAUGCAAUUUAAAAUCAUUAGUAAAUGCUACAGGAAGAAAACAGAUAACAGAGAAACAUUUCAGAGGAUUUUUCUUUCUUUUUCUGUACAAUUACUCAGCUCCCUGAAAUUAAAAACAACAACAAAAACAGGAAAAAACAGUUACUGAUGAAGUUCAAGAGAACCCCCUUCUUCCUGAAAAUAUCAUAUUGUUUGAAAACUGAUUAAUAGUGAAAUAAUUGGGGGGAGAGGAGUUUCUCUCCAUAUUGACAAGAAUAAGAUCUACUAAAGAUGUUCUGCUGUAUAAAAGUAGGAAUCUUUGCAAUGGUCUUAGUGGUAUUAAUACAGUGGACCCUCGGGUUACGUUACCUUACGUAACUUUCGGGUUGCGAACGCAGCAAACCUGGAAGUGUAUAUUUCUGGGUUUCGUCAAAUGCACAGAAGCGCUCUAUCAUGCCACAUGCGUGUGCAGAAGCGGCGCUUCUAGAUGCAGACUUUUUGGGGUGCGUACGGACCCCCGGAACAAAUUAAGUUCUUAUCCGGAGGGUCCAGUGUAAUCAGCUCUGGUGGUAAGGAGCACUUCUUCACAAUAAUGCAAGGCAGGCAAAACAAUCCCUCCAAGAUCUGAAGAGCUGUAGCAUGGAGGCUAGGUUGUUUUGGUAGCAUAUGAGCACAGUAGCAAGGAGGAGAAAACAUGAGAAAAAAGUUAUCAACUUUAAGAGUAUGUAGUUAGAAAUACUGAAAUAUGGUAACUAAAAGUGGGUAGACUGCUGAGUGGUUCAGCCAACUGAGAUUAUGUAGCUGUGGCCUUGAAAGAGCUGCACUGGCUGCCAGUAUGCUGAUAACCCAAAUUUAAUGCACUGCUAGCAAUGACUCAUAAAAGCUUAUACAAAAUGAGACCAAAAUGCUUGAAGAAGCAUCUCUUUCUGCAUCAGCCUGUCUCCACUCUUCAUGCUAAGAUCAUUGGUUGGAUUUCCUCCAGUUGAGAUCAGUUAUGUGGCAGCUUGGGAAAGAGCCUUCUCUGUGGUGGUGCCCCAUCUAUGUAAUGUCUUCCCUGCUGAGCUAAAGCUGAUGUUGAAUCUUACUAGAUCUUGUUUAGAGGUGAAGAGUUGUCUCCUGACAAGGGCCUUUAUGGUUACAAGUUAGUAAUGCUUGGGCCAGGUGCUGAGAUGGUUGUACUGGUUUUGUUCUGUGUGUGUCCUUGCUGAGGUUCUCUCUGUCCUUGUUUUAUGGCAUUACAGUUGAUACUGUGGCUUUUUAUUUUUAUUGUACCAUGUUGUGGGUUGCUUUGCAGUCAAGAGCCAGCUUACAACACUUCUAAAUAAAAAUAAAAUGAAUAAAUCCUUUUAAGGAUUUUGGAUAAAAACUGGACUAGAGUCUGAGGUAUGGGGGCAUGUGAUCAAUUCCUUCCAGCUUCAAUAUCCUAUGAAUAAUAUUACUGCCCAGGGCUCCUUUGUGAGGAAAAAUAGAAAUUUAAUAAAUGAAUAAAAAAUAACUGAUAGACUUAUCUUUAAUUAGAGCUAGACUAGACAGUGCUCUGGACACCUCUCAAGAGUCAUCUGCUGUAACACUGGAGUCAAGUUCCUGGUGGACGCAAGCAAUUUUGUCCUCAUAAUGCUUUGCAAACAAUUCAUAGCAAGCUAUCCUUGGUUCUGUCACCAUCAGGUAUGCAGCAGUGACUCAGACGUAGGGAGGUCAGGUGAGCAGUGCAGCCCCACCACUCCAUCCAGUAUGGGUAGUUGGUCUGUGCAUAUCAGGUAAUUAAAUCUAGGCUUAGAAUUUUGAACAUGGACCCUCUUCCAAACUUCUGUUGUCUGUUUUGGAGUAAGGACCUUAACUUCUCCUGUCUUUACAAUGGCAGUUAAAUAUUGCAGGUUCUUUGAAUGUGUAAACCUCUUUUUACUUGUCCCAACCAAUUAGGUUUCCUUUUGUGUGAAAUGGUAAGGCCAAGGAUUACAAUGUAAAAAGAUCAGAAGCUUCAUGAACUGUGGGAGGCCAAGAUGGGGAAGAACUCCUGCCAGCAGUAGAUAAUUCAACCAUCCUAUCUCUGCUCGACAAUGCACCCUGCUUAGUCACUGGAGAAGGAAGCAGCUUGUGAGCAGCUGGAGAUGAGGCAUGCAUGCAAUGCUUCUACAAAGCUGCUGUUCCCAGAUUGCUGCAUGCUAAUUCUGCCUGGGGGGUGGGAUGCAGCCCCAUUUAAGAGGCAUCUCUGUGUACAAUUCUUACCUUUGGGAUAGGCCUCCUAGCAAAAUUAAUUUACAUGUGUUAUUUUAGGAUAGGCCUCCUAGCAAAAUUAAUUUACAUGUAUAUUUUAAAAGCAUAUACUUUUUCAUAUUCCAGCAAAGGGAGGUAGUUUGCUGAGCACAUCAAGAAGGUUUGAUGAGGAACUACUGCCCUGGCCAGCUGUGCCAUUUUGUGCAGGAUUUCAGAAGGAAUCUGAUGACAGCCUCUGUUGAAUGAUAACUUAAACUGUGCUUUCACUUAGGAAAAACAGCAUUGUGUGAUUUUGCUUGGCCAUUCUCUCUUUGCUGUAUUAACACACUUUUGUUUGCUUGAAGGUACAUGGGGAUAGGACUCUCAGCCCAAGGUGUCAACAUGAACAGACUUCCUGGUGAGUCACUGUUAAUAAUUGUUUGUGUUUGUCCUGUGUGCCAGUAACCACUACGCUGGAAUUGUACAAUUCUAAGAGGGGGAUGUGCCCACUACUUGUGGAGGCAGAACAUUGUUUGGAGGGAACUUUGCUACAAAUUUACUACUUAAAAUUUGUUAAACACAUACAGCUUAUGAAACCUCUUCCAACACCCUUGAAUCUUACGCUUCCUUGCUUUUCUUUCCACAAACCUUUAGCUGUCCACCAGUAUUUCCAUUUCUAUAAAGGAGUCACCAAGUCAUUGUCUCAAAACAGAAUUCAGCCCUUUGAGAAAUGCUACUUCUGUCAUGCACCACCAUCACCCACAUUUCCCAGUCCCUCACUUAGGGGUGGUAUGCCUAAUGCAUGCUUGUUGACUGGCACCAGUUAGGGUGUUGUGGGUCAGUCUAAGUAUUGACAUGUGUGUUCUGGAAGUGCCUCCCUUCUUGUGCAAAGCUGGCUAGAUGCUGCCUGGGUUCCUCCCAGUCCUGGUGAUAUUAUUUGACCCCAAAUGGUAAUAAUUUAGUGGCAUAGUUCCGGUGCAGACACUAACUAUAAUGGACUUGGUUUAUCCCUGGCAUUGUAAGGAUUGCUCCUUCAGGUGAUCUUAGCGAUCAUUAACAAGUUUGAAUAAAGUCUUAGGAUAUUCAGUCCUCAAUUCCUUUAUCAAUUAGCACAGAAGGACUUGCAUUGGGCAUGAGUUACUCAGUAACACCAGCUAAUCUUGUGAUGAUGAUGAGAGUACAGCCCUAGUUUGCAGUCAUUUUAUAACAAAGGUAUUGAUCAAGAUUGGAAGAGCCACUGGCUCUGGGUACUGACUCAACACCCUCAGGAGCCACAGUACCUCCGGUAAGCUUUUUAACCUCUGUUGUCCACUAUGAACAGCAACAGAGAGUUUACUAAAGCUUUCCCCUUUGUAUGCACUGUAGCUCAGCUGGAACUGCUGUAUUUCCGAUCCCUUCCAACCGUGUGCAUUUAUACCUAUAACACAGGAUAACACUUCGUGCUUCUGAUGAAAUGGACUCUGUUCCACAAAUGGUUAUGUCCUAAUAAACGUGUUAGUUUUUAAAAUGACACAAGACACUUUGUUGUGGUUGCUGUGACAGACUAACAUAGUCACCACACAGAAACUCAUAAUUUUUCUUUGUCUUGAUCUGAGUAGCAAAGGUAGUGCUGCCACCAAGUUCUUCAGGGGCAUCUUUGCAAUUGUGAUUGAACUUGUCUGAAGCAAACAGGCCAACACUCCCUUUCAGUGAAAUGAAGAGCUCAUUUCAGAUUCCACAGAUGGAGAUGCAUGUCCCCAUGUGAGGGAGUGCUAGAGUUUGGGCAGUGGGACUAACUUUCAUUUUGGCCCCUCAUGCUCCUGCUCGCAGACAGUUCUGCAUCCUUUUGCAAAGUGGUAGGAAACUGCUGCAAAAUGGAGCUCCCUUUACAGGUUGAAAAUGUGUGCCACUCCCUCGCUCCUGCUUUCUGCUAGUUUGAGAUGCAUAAUCAGACAAAGCUCUGCCAAAACCCACUGUUGCUUUUCCCUCAAGAGAGCCCUUGGCUUGUCAGAAGUGGGUAAUGGAUUGGGAUGUAGGAUUCUUGGAAUCAGGAGUUAAACUAGGAGCUGGAUUAAUCCCUGAAAUGGCCAGAUGGCCAGUUUUGUUUGCUGUCUGGUAUCUCCUGACUGCCAUUUAUUCAAAGCUCAACUUUUUAUCUCCAUGUGUUUGAGUUUAUUUUGGAAUCUGUUCUUCAGAUAGAUGGUUCAUCUUUUAAAAACAACAUUCUGCAGUGGUACUAAUUAAUGAUCGGUCUUUAAUAACAGCUUCUUACUUGGCCUGGAACUGCACAUGCUUUAGUAUUUAAACUUGAUUGCAAGGUCACAUGGAAAUGACAGUGUCAGACGAGAUCUGCAAACAUUAUUAGAGAGUGCUCAUGUGAUUUGUUCUAAAUGCAGGUCUUUGGGGCUGUGUUUGCCAUUUAACACCUUUGUUACUGGCUACUAGAAAUGCACUGGGCUGCAGCUUCCCAUAGAGAGUCCAUUCAUAUGGCCAAAGGGCUGGCCUGUGGCCAGACCUUUCUAGUAAAAACAUUUUGACAGUGGGUUGCUAGAAACAGCAGGUGUUGAAUGUUAAUUUGCAAAAUUUGUGAGAGAUGAUGACUCUAUCCUGAACAUGCUUAGGCUGGUUUUUUAUAUUAGAGCAGAAGGAAUAAUUCAGAAGGGAGAACAGUUGUUCCACAUGCCACUCUGGACUUGUAGAAUUACUUGGAGCUGGAAUUGGCCACAAGACAAUGUAUUUGAAAAUAUCACUGUCAUUAAUCUAAAGUGGCUUGUGGUAAUUUGUGGCCUGUCAAGUUGAGCACAACCUAUGAGUUGUAUGUUGUGAUCAGUGAAGUACUUGAGCUGCCCAUCUGCAGUCCCAAACAGACAACAAAAGCAGGUUUGAAUCCUGGUGGACUGUCAUGCAAAAGGAGGUAGUAAUAUUGCCCCAGUGUACUUCAAGCCGAGUUGGCAAGUGGACAGUUUAUUCCCAUUUUAUCCUUCCAAUAUACACUAUGAGGUCACUCAGUGAGAUUCAUGGCUGAGCUGGAGUUUGAAUUUGGGUCUUCAUUAUCCAAGCCCAACUUUCUACCCACUAUUUCACAGUGGUUCUCAUAACUAUCAUGCUAAGUUAUGUCCAUGUCUGACUGUAUUACACACAGCUGCUAAAUGACAUUAGCUGUGUUAUGCUAGAGAUGUCUGUUCUGAACUCAGUGGGGCUUACUUGUGUGAGACUUGCAUCCAGGCAAGUCUAGUAAUGUAUACCACUUUCCAUGUUAGUGAUUUGAUAUUGCCUCAGUUUUCCAUAGUUCAUUACCAGGAAGGGUGAAAAUAGGUUGUUACUGCGUUGUGCUUGGAACUGUGGGAAGGGCAGCCUUCCCCAAUCUGACAACUUCCAGAUGUUCUGGACUAGAUUAUCCAUCAGCCCCUGUCAGCAUGGCUGUCCAAAACAUAUGAAAGGCACUAAGUUGGGAAAGGCUACUGUGGAAGAAAACACUCUUUAAACUUUAACAUUCACUGAAAACUCCACAAAGUGUUACUUUAGAUAAGUCUUUCCAACUUCUGUAGGUAUGUGUUUAAAAGAUAACCCUUGCCGAAAGGUGGAGUGAGUUUGGCUUUUCUUUUUCUGUUUUGUGACGUUUGUAUUAUUUCUACAUACUUCUAAUUCCAAGCAUUUAAUCUUCUUCAGCUGGGUGUAGACAUAACUAGGAGGACCCUUUUGACACCAGGAUUUUCUGGAGACAAAGGAAUUUAGGGAUUUUAGAAUCAUAGAAUCAUAGAAUAGAAUCAUAGAAUCAUAUAGUUGGAAGAGACCACAAGGGCCAUCGAGUCCAACCCCCUGCCAAGCAGGAAACACCAUCAGAGCACUCCUGACAUAUGGUUGUCAAGCCUCUGCUUAAAGACCUCCAAAGAAGGAGACUCCACCACACUCCUUGGCAGCAAAUUCCACUGUCGAACAGCUCUUACUGUCAGGAAGUUCUUCCUAAUGUUUAGGUGGAAUCUUCUUUCUUGUAGUUUGGAUCCAUUGCUCCGUGUCCGCUUCUCUGGAGCAGCAGAAAACAACCUUUCUCCCUCCUCUAUGUGACAUCCUUUUAUAUAUUUGAACAUGGCUAUCAUAUCACCCCUUAACCUCCUCUUCUCCAGGCUAAACAUGCCCAGCUCCCUUAGCCGUUCCUCAUAAGGCAUCGUUUCCAGGCCUUUGACCAUUUUGGUUGCCCUCCUCUGGACACGUUCCAGUUUGUCAGUGUCCUUCUUGAACUGUGGUGCCCAGAACUGGACACAGUACUCCAGGUGAGGUCUGACCAGAGCAGAAUACAGUGGCACUAUUACUUCUCUUGAUCUAGAUACUAUACUCCUAUUGAUGCAGCCCAGAAUUGCAUUGGCUUUUUAGCUGCCGCGUCACACUGUUGGCUCAUGUCAAGUUUGUGGUCAACCAAGACUCCUAGAUCCUUUUCACAUGUACUGCUCUCAAGCCAGGUGUCCCCCAUCUUGUAUUUGUGCCUCUCAUUUUUUUGCCCAAGUGCAAUACUUUACAUUUCUCCUGUUAAAAUUCAUCUUGUUUGUUUUUGCCCAGUUCUCUAAUCUGUCAAGGUCGUUUUGAAGUGUGAUCCUGUCCUCUGGGGUGUUAGCCACCCCUCCCAGUUUGGUGUCAUCUGCAAAUUUGAUCAGGAUGCCCUUGAGUCCAUCAUCCAAGUCGUUGAUAAAGAUGUUGAAUAAGACCGGGCCCAAGACAGAACCCUGUGGCACCCCACUAGUCACUCUUCUCCAGGAUGAAGAGGAACCAUUGAUGAGCACCCUUUGGGUUCGGUCAGUCAGUCAGUUACAAAUCCACUGAGUGGUAGCAUAGUCAAGACCGCAUUUUACCAGCUUCUUUACAAGAAUAUCAUGGGGCACCUUGUCAAAUGCCUUGCUGAAAUCAAGGUAGGCUACAUCCACUGCGUUCCCUUCAUCUACCAGGCUUGUAAUUCUGUCAAAAAACGAGAUCAGGUUAGUCUGACAUGACUUGUUUUUCAGAAAUCCAUGCUGACUAUUGGUGAUCACAGCAUUCCUUUCUAUUCACAGCAUUUUAGAUUUCUAUUCAAAAUUUUACUGAGAGGAAGGUCCUAUGGGACUAAUAGCCGGGUGCCACAAAAUUUAGCUAACCUUGGUAGCAAGCUGUUAUUUAUGAUUUCCCCAAAUCUUCCUCCACUCUUAUCAGUUCUCUGGAACACACAACAGACUUGGCAUAGAUGGGUAAGUUAACCUUUGCCAUAGUGCUUUGAAGGUACUCAGAAGUAGUUGGAAGGAUUCUUCCUAGAUCCUUGCAUCUGCAAGGUCCAGUGCAAAAGUGAGAGGCUGACCUCCCCUCCCCCAAGACCCUUGCACAUACCAAAGGAGUUAGGCAAGAGUGGGUUUUCUCUCCCUCUUAGCACCAAGUAAGAUAAGUCUCCCUCCCUUGUUGUCAUGCAGAGAGAACCUUGAGGGGAAGGGAGGGAGGGAUGUAUCACAUCACUCAGGGACUGGGCAGAUAGUUGCCAGGAAGACAUGACUGUAUUUAUGGAACUCUAUUAAUGGGACUUCAUAGUCAGCAUGUUCAUAAUUACUUUUAAUGUAAAAACAGGGCAAUUGGUAGUGUGUGCUUUUGUGCUGCUCUGUUGAGAUGCUUUGUUCUAGACAUUUCCAAGGUCUCAUUCAGAAACAUACUUCAACAACUGCAGAUUUCAGCCAUUGAGAAUCUAGUGGGGUGACAAAAGUCUUAUUCUGUAUUCAUUUUUUAAUGAACUUUAUGUAAUGCAAAACCUUGUUCUAAAGUGUGGUAUGUUGGUAAGGUGUCUGUUGGUUUCUGAAUUUUGUCGCAGAAUCCAUUUGUGCCACUUAUUAUAAAACAGAAUGUUGUAGUGCAGAGAGCUCCUGUUCGGCAAUGCCUUUUCUUUCCCUCCAACAGAUAGUCAGCAUUCUGUGGUUACUGAGCACGCACUGGGAUCUUUGGGUCCCCCCCCCCCAUUUAGGACUUUUUUGUGCUUAUACAAAUUUGCGGGUUCCCCCAAGCCUGGUGAUACUUUCUUCCUCUUGCUUGUGCUUUCUUACCUAAGCGAUGGUAUUCACAGAAGUAUAUAAUGAUUUUAGGUAGCUGUGGUUGGCAAUUUCAAACCCUUCGUUAUACUAUUUUUGUACUUCCACUUCUUUUCUUUCCAGAAUAGAAACUACCUGGUUGAAGGACAUUCCUCUCUUAACCUCAUUUGUUACUGACGUAAAGCAGCAGCUGUACCCAUUGUGAGGGAGGCUUUGCAGGUGUGCGUGUCUGGCUCUUUGGUUUGUCUCCAAAGCUUUUACUGCAGUUUCAUUCAUCCAGUCCUGUUUCCUGUUGUCUACUUUCCUGGUGCUUAUCAUGCAGAUGGGAGCAGCUCAGGAUCCAGAGUGCCCUAGUGGCUGGGUAAUUCAAGUGCACUUUCAGAAGGGUGUGAUGACUAAGAAGUCCUGGAAAAUACUGGUGAUUCCACUCCUCAUUUGUCAUAUGGGUGUUCACUCCAGAAACUAUUGUUGCAAACAUCAGAUUGUUGUUCAUCAUUCUUAAAUUAGAUGAUUACAAGUUUGUGGCUCUAAGAAUGAAGUAGGUCACUCUGUUCCUUUUUGAUUCUGACUUAAUAAGGAAGAAGUUGUUUUCAGGUGGAGGAGUUUGGUAUAUACUCUUGAGUCAUUCUAGAUAAAGGUGUUGACAGCGUUUGGGAUAGUCUGGCAGUUAAUUAAAAAGUACUUAGAAAAGGAAGCUCUACAUGCCAUUUGCCCAAGCAGCUGGUGAUGCUGGCCAUGAGAUUGCAAAGUGGUGUUUACAGUUCCUUUUUGUAAACUUCAUGUCAGCAGAUCCAGCGUGACAUGUAGUACUACCCCAGAACCUGCUGCUUUUGAAAUGGAAGCAUUGAGACCCCGUAUUGUGUGUGAAAUUCCACAAUAUGCAUUACAUCAGGGCGACCAACACGAUGCCACCCAGAUGUUGUUAGGCUCCCAGCCCCUUUGUUCCUGACAAUUGGCCAUUUUUUCUGGGGCUGAUCUGAGUUGGUGUUUAACAUCUGGAGGGCAGCACACUGGCUACCCCUUCAUUACAUAUAUUCAACUACAAAUAAUCCAGUCUGGACCUAAGUGGCUUCGCUUUCACUUCUCAAAAGAAACCCAGGAGGCAAUCUGUUGCCCUGGGAGCAUAGGGCAAUACCCUCGUGCUUUUUUGGCUCUGAGUUGCCAGGACUCUUUGUCCUGAACAUGCAGUGGGUUAUUUUGGUAGCUUUCCUCUCGGGAGUGGGAUCCCACUCCUCUGCCAGCCCAUGAGUGCUUGUGGAGCAGCAAAGUAUAUUUAGUCCAUGAUGACUGGACUGUGGUUUGUGUAACAUGAUGCUUCAAUGCCUCCUUGACUGGAAUCUCUGUGGUUUAUGUUAAAAGAAAGAGAAAUGUGUCUGCAGCAUGUGGCUGAACAUAAAUCUGCUGGAAGCUACACAAGAGCUAGUUUUGUCGACUACAAGGCCUUUCUAUUAAAACAAAGAGGCCUUCUCCUCAGCUGCUGAAAGAUGGGCUUUCAAGGAGGAUUCUUCAGCUUUCCUGCAAGAUGCAGGUGCUUAUUCCUGGCUCUUGGCAGGCAGCGGGAAUCGAAUAGUGCUGAAGGCACCAAAGGUGGCUUACAGUCAGCCCUUCAUCUCAAUCAGAGCUUCAUUUUCCACACACACGUGUCAAGAGAACAAAAAACAACAACCUUGCAAUGUUAGUGCUGUUCCUAUACAGAGAUGCUAGCUCUGCAUAUAUGCAGUUCUCAACUCUGGAUAAAGGCUGAUAGGUAACUGUUUUCCUGCAAGAUCUACAGCCCAGUACAAACAUAAUUUCUCAGUAGUGAUUAAGAGAUUAGAAUGGGGCCAUGGUAUCACCCCACUUUCCUUUUUAAUUAGAAUUUGAAGUCAAGACUUGGAGCUUAUUCACCAACUUUGGGUAAAACGGAAUCUAAUAAUUAAGGCUGUUAGAAAUUAAGACAUUAAGGUUGUGAAAUAAUUGAGAAAUUUAAGCUAAAGAGGGCUGGGGGAGGAAGCAUGCAUUCCAUAGCAUGCUCCCAAUAUCAUGGCCAUAGUUAAGAGAUUGACAGGAGAGAGGCCUAUGUGUGAACACCACCCUUAUAUCUUAAGACUUCUUCCUGUUCUGGCUGUUAUAUCCACUCAAUAGCAAAAUGUGAUUCCGAUUUUGGGGUUCAUCCAUUUGCUACCCAAAAGUGCCACUCCCAGAAUUGCACUUGGAUACUGACUUAACCCUUGCAAAAGGGUGAAAACAAACAAUCUCAUGUUUGUUUUUUGUAUGUGCUGCAUUGGAAGUUGCCACCGAUUAGUCCUUCCAUGGCAGUAAACAAAAGUGUGUCUUUGAAACAACACCAGAACAGUUGACAGUCCUCCUUGACCUACUGAGUUUAUAGAGCUUUCUCAAGUGCCCUCUAUCUCCACAGUAAUGUGACAAGAAAAUAGGAAGAAAAAUGUAUACUAGCGGGGGCUGGCACUCAGACUUUAAUGCAAGACUUUCUUGACAUAAUAUGCCUCCCCUCAAGAUAGCAGGUAAAUUGGAUUACUAGAAGUAUUCCUGGUCAUUACUGCAAGAAUUGCUUUACCUUCCUUUCCCCACCCCACCCCUCCUUGACUUGGUUUAUUUAUUGGUUGUUAGUGCGGCGUUCUCAGAUCUAUGUUUACUUUAGUUAUUAGAUAUUUCUAACCUGUGUAUUAGUUGAUCUGAGGAUGGGGUGUAUUUCAUUGAAAAGAUCUCUGUCUAAAUAGUCGAACAAAACCAUAACUGACAAGUGAAAAAUGUAAGAACACUGAGCAGAUCAAAAUACUUAACUGCAAUCAAGAAAGCCCUAAUUCCUGAGUAAACAACCAGGCAUUGGUGCUGAGACAAGGCCAGUGUUGGUGCUCAUUAGACCUCAGAGAGGAGGGUAUUCCAUAAAUGGGGCAGCACAGCAGAGAAGGCCCUUUCCCAUGUCACCAUAUAAUGUAUGCACUGCCUGGGAAUUUUUAGAAACAAAAAAAUAUUGUGAUUUUUAAAUGGAUAGUGUGAUUGGUGAGUUUGGACCCAUCAUCUCAAUGACAUAUUGAUCCACCAUCUUUAUUCAAAUUGGUACCUGGCAUCAUUGCAGCCCAUCACCCCCACCUUGGGAAACAUUGUACUGAAUUGGGUGACGAUCUCUUGAGAGAAGACCAAACAUAAUGCCAAGAAAUGGGCAAAGUCAUGCCAAAGUCAUAUUUUGAUCUUGAUUCAAAAUGGUGCCCAAUGCUCACAAAGUCUGCCACCCUUACUUUGAGAACCCUCUGGCCUAGUUUGGUGAUGAUUUUCACCCCCUGCCAUUGCAAGAAUCUCCUGAUCUCAUGUUUUCAGAAAGGAGGGGGCGGAAACUGCUCUUCGCUUCUUCUGCUCCUGCCUGACUCUGUGGGGGUCUGUGUGUUAUCUGUGUAGAGAUUAGAUGGCUGAGUGAGAGCUGUAACACUCAUGCAAGCCAGUAGCUCUUUAGUUUAGUUUGCAGUAGCUAUCAGAAAAUAAAGAAGUUAGAUUUCACAGCUUUCUUCCGUGUUGUUCAUACUCUGCUGAGUUUGGUGCUCACAAUGGACAGUUGUGGGUCCAGUGCACUUAGACCUGCUUUCCAGGAGUGGAAGGUCUCGGGAAGUGCUCCAGUCACCUAGCCCAGUCGGGGCAGAAGAAGUUGUUGAGCCCAGUCGUUGACAUCGGCUCAAAGGCGUACUGACAGAUAUCUCAAGAGGCAGGCAAACCUAUGCCAGAAAGGGCCCAGUUACAUACCAUAGUCACAGUUUGGCCCUCAAUUCAAAAUGGUGCCUGGCACCUAAACAUUGAAUAGACCCCCCCCCCACCUCAGGACCCCUCGUGCUGCAUUUGGCGAUGAUAUCUUGAGAGGCACCCAAACGUAUAGAGAACAAACUGACAAUCCACUUCCCAAAAUUACAGUAGAAUUCUCAGUGGCUGAAAUUUGCAGUUAUUGGGGUAAGUUUCUAAAUAAGAUCUUGGAAAUUUCUGGAACCAUUACUGACACCUUGAAAUCAGAGCAUGUUGGGAAGCAUGUUGGCAACCAGCGCAGUUCUUUUAGAACUGGAAUUAUAUGGGCCCUCUAUGCUUCCACUUAAGAGGCUAGCCACACAUUCAGCAGUAGCUGCUGCUUCCACGUCACCUUCAGAUUUGUCACAGAAUGUAGCACAGUGAAUUGUACAGCCAUUUCCAACCUUAUCCCUGGAAAUCCAGUCGCCUUUUUGGCUUUCAGGAGUGUACUACAUGUCUCAUUUCUUAAGGGCUAUGGAUCAAAGACAGAAGAAUCAGUUAAGCCAUGGAUUACAACUAUGGACAGUAGCAGGGGCAGGGACAGCUCGAAUGAAUAAUAUAGAACCCCUGUAAUUCAGCAGAAGAGUCUUGAGGCUUGUAGAUGAGCUCCUGUCUGUUCUAUCUGCCAACAGUUGGGCAUACUUACCUAAGACGGGGUCAUUUGAGGACAUUUGGUGCUGCCUGGGUGCUCUUAUCUCUCAGGCACAGCAUAUGCGCCUAGUCUGCUGUCCUCCACGGUUACAGCAUCCUUUGCUAAAGGGAAGAAAAUGCACUCCAGAUAUAGCAGAAAGUGUGUGCUGCCAACAAGUCUAUAGGUUAAGAGGAAAAGGAAGACCACUUGGAAAUGUACAUGGGAACAAGUUAGCAGUCCCACAAAAAGUCACAAUAAUCUGUUGUAUAGGAAAGCAAAAUUAAUAUUAAUUGGCUCUUAAGAAUGAAUGGAGGAAUGGGUGAGAGUGUACAGUGGUGCCCCGCAAGACGAAUGCCUCGCUAGACGAAAGGGUUUUUUGUUUUUUGAGCUGCUUCGCAAGACGAUUUCCCUAUGGGCUUGCUUCGCAAGACGGAAACGUCUUGCAAGUUUGUUUCCUUUUUCUUAAUACUGUUAAUACAGUUGCGACUUGACUUCGAGGAGCAACUCAUAGAACGCGGUGUGGUAGCCUUUUUUGAGAUUUUUAAAGACUUUGGUGAUUUUUGAAGCUUUUCCAAAACUUUCCCGACACCGUGCUUCACAAGACGAAAAAAAUCGCAAGACGACAAAACUCGCGGAACGAAUUAAUUUCGUCUUGUGAGGCACCACUGUAUGUAUACACACACAUACCAUGCACAUGCACAUACGUGUGUGUGUGUGUUUAUUAUCCAAACUGUGCAGAGAAACAAACUGAACAAGAUGGAAUGAAUUUUGAUGUUAUUAGUACAUUAAUGUUGAAAAUAAAAACCUGAUAGUCUAGUUGUAUCAGCACUGAGUCAGCUCUGUGUGCAGUACAGCACGUAAUUUCAAACACUGGUUACAUCCAUCAGAACUGAGACACUCAAAUCAGUCUGCUCAUCAGAAUUGGAUUUCUGCUACAGAGUGCUGAAUAGCUUGAUGGUGUAAGGGUUACCAGUCACCAUUUUUUCUGACUUCUCCUCCAGAGCUUAUUUGUGUCUGAUAUAUGAGAGCUCUGAAGUUACCACCUUGUAUUUUAGCAACUCUUCUUUUCAUUAAUGCUCUCAAAUGUUAACUACAUGUCUUUUUACUCCUGCUUUGUAUGAGGAUAUAUCUCUGUCUCUUCCCUGUUUAUGUAUCUUAUAAUAUGGUACUUUUUGUUCCUAUUGUCAGGCUCAGCCAUCGUUUAAACUUGCCGUCUGAUGUUGUCUUCUCUAGGUUGGGAUAAACAUUCCUAUGGCUACCAUGGUGAUGAUGGACACUCCUUCUGCUCUUCAGGGACAGGACAGCCUUAUGGCCCCACAUUCACUACUGGAGAUGUGAUUGGCUGCUGUGUAAACCUCAUCAACAAUACCUGCUUCUACACAAAGAACGGGCACAGUUUAGGUAGGCAAACAAACUUCUGGACCAGCUUUAUUUUGGGCUUACAAACUGAGCCACUGUCUGCUCUUCUUUAACGUGCAAUCAGCAGGAUGAUUUCUUGGGUGAAACAAAACCAACAUGAUCUCAUUUAUUUGUGUCAAUACUGGUAGAUUACAACUAGUGCUGUGAACAAUUCAUGUAUCUACAUCCAGUUUUUUCCCUUACUGCUAUCUCUUUGUCCCAACUGGAAAGGAAGGACUGAUAAAGACUUACUCCCAUUUCUCAUGGUUCAGAUUGGGAGCAAAAGUUCAAGGUUAUUGCUCUAUAUACACUAAAGCAGACUGUCAGCCCCACUGCAGUUCUCUAAGCAGGUGAAUAUAUUGCUAUGUGAAUAUACAAGAUUGAGUGGGGAGGGGGAGAAUCUCCGUUAAUAUUCAUUUUAGGGAUUCUUGAGCUCACCAUGAAGUGUCUUAAUGAUUAAACUGAUUGCUAGAGAAAAGCAAGCAGCAGCUGAGGAACAUUUGAUUCAGGAUAAAUGAUGUCUAAGGAAUUAUAAUGAAAAUGUUUUAAUUGUCCAGAUAGAGAGGGUAGAACUAGACAUUGAAAAUGCAUGGGCAUAUGACAGCAGUCCAAAGAGGCCAAAAUGCCAUAGGAUAAAACUCACGUGCCAAAGACCUUUGGAGAAGAAGACCCUGUAUAAGUGUUUAUAUGCUGAUGCUAGAAGCCUCAGAGCCAAGAUACAUGAGUUGGAGUGCCUGGUUUUAAGGAGAGCAAAGGUACAGUGGGCAUCAUGGAAUCCUAGCGGAACAGAGAGAACCAGUGAAACAAAAUUAUCUCUGGAUAUAAUCUCAUUCGAAAGGGCAUACUGGAUGAGUUGUUGCUGCUUAUGUCAAAGAGGUUGUAGAAUCCCACAAACUAAAAAUCUCAGAAGGGAUAUCCAUCUCAACAGAAUUGCUGUGGGUGGCAAUACCAAGCCGCCAAAAUAAUUUAGUGCUGGGGUCUUCUAAAAUGUUCAAAGUGAUCUUGGGAUGGAGAAUGAUACCAAAGAGGUAUCCAGAGGAGGAAGUGACUUCAAUUAUUCCCACAUAGACUGGGUACAUGCACAUUUUAGUCAUGACAAAGAGGUAACAUUUAUAGGUAUCCUGAAUGACCGAGCCCUAGAAGAGUUGGUCAUGGAGCUGACCAGAGGGGAGGUAACCCUGGACUCAAUCUUAAGUAGUGCCCAAUGUGAUGUGAGAACUAAUGGAGACCAGAAACCACGGCACUGUCAAAUUUAGCCAUUUGUAGACAAUUGCCAAAAAAGUCCAACACACUCACAUUUGACUUCAAAAGGGGAAAGUUCCCAAAAAUUAGGGGAUUGGUAAAAAGGAAGUUGAAAUGCAAAGUCAAUGUUCUCUUAAAUGCUUAGCGGUUAUUCAAAACUGCAAAAAUAGAAGCUCAGCUAGAAAUAUACUGCAGAGCAGGAAAGGGAACACCAGGGCCAAGAAUAUGGUAGCAGAGUCAAGGAAGGCUUUCAUUUAAAAAAUAGAAGUCUUAUCCAAAUGAGGAGAACCAAAAGGAACAUAAACUUUGGCAAAUAAAGGGCAGGCAGACAGUAAGGGAUGUGAAAAAAGUGAGGAGCACAUUGCUGCCCGAAAACAUAAAGACCAACAACUAAAAAGUUCUUCAGAUGCAUUAGAAGCAAGCAGAGAGAGAGGCAGUUGGUCAUUUGGAUGACAGGUAUUCUAAAGGAGACAGCACUGAAGCUGAGUGAAUUCUUUGCAUCUUCACUGUGGAAGAUACAGGGAAAAUUCAUGUGCCUGAACUUUCUCAGGAAGUGAGUCUGAGGAACUGAGGUGUCAAGACCCAGGUCCAAGGAACCAGAUAUGAAAAGGUCCAGAUGGCACUCACUCAAGAAUUUUUAAAUGUGAGGUUGCUGAUCUUUAAGAGAAAUGUGUAAUUUGUCCCUAGGAUCAGCCUCCAUACCAAGAGAAAGUAUGCAGAUGACAUUAUAUAAUCACAUGUGCACAAAUUUACUCUUCAUUUUGAUUUGGGGCUAAGCUGUGGAGGUACUGACCAGAGACUAGAGAGCUAUGUAGAGCAUGGUAGUCAUUUUCCUAUCUACUAAAGCCCCGCCCCCCCCAAAAAACCCUAUGGUUUAUUUUCCUUUUCUUUCUUAGCCUUCAGUAUCAUGGUGAGAAUGUAGUCAGGUUUCUUUCUUGUAAUCCAUCAGUCUAGGUCAGGGAUGAGCACCUGUGGCCCUCCAGUCUAUGUUGGGCUUCAGCUCCUUUAAUCCCUGACCAUUAUCCAUGCUGGCUGGAGCUGAUGGGAGCUGUAAUCCAGCAAAAUGUGAAGUCCACGGGUUGCCUGCUCCAGCGUACACAAAGAACAAGUUCAGCAUCAAAUACAGCUUCCACUGAAGAAUUAUCAGUGAGGUCCUCUUGUGAAGGCACUACACGGGCCUGUUCUCUUUCUAGAAUAUCAGCAGAUUUUAGACGGACUUUCCUGCAUUCCCAUUGGUUGUUUGCUUGCAUGCAUGGAUGUUGUCUAUAGAAUUCAACUGCAUUUUGUGCUUUAGUUGUUAAUUCUGGGUGCAGUCAGAGAGAAAGCUAACAUACUGGGGAAUUUUUAGUUGCGAGACAAGUUUGCCAAGCUCUGGUCUCCUUUAAUUGUCUUUGAGAGACAGCUGAGGUUUUAUAUAAUGAUCCAUAGUGUGAUGGAAGCAGGGUUUUUUCCUCUAUCUCUCAAUUCCAGAAUUUGUGGUACCCAAAUAAAUUGAUUAAGAGUACAGUAAGCCCGCAACUUACAUAGGGGUUAUAUUCCAAGGAUCACACCCAAGGCCAAAAUUAUGUAUAGUCAAACACAUCGGGAUCAAUGGUGAGUGGGAUGGCCAAAGUCUUUUUUCCUAGACUGCCCCCUUUCUUUUUAAAAAAUUUGCCAAGCGCCUAAAGUUGAACGUACACAAGUUAAAUGCAUGUAAGUUGCGGACUUACUGUCAUUUCAGGACUGGCCAGAAAAAGUACUUCUUCACACAGCACCUAAUUAGCCUAUCUGAUUGCCUCAGUGCACUGAAGGCUGUUGACUUAGAUAGCUUUAAAGGGGUACAAAUUAGUGGUGGCUUUCCACUUAGUGGCUUCUGGGUGUGAUAGCUGAAUGGAAAGAUCCUGAUUCAGAGGCAACAUGCCAUUGACAUCCAUUGCUGAGGGACAAAAGCGGGAGAUGGCUCUUGCCUCCAUGCCCUGCUGGUGGGCUUAUCAGAAGCACCUGGCUGUCCAUUUGUGAAGCUUUGCUGGAUUGGAGAGUCAUCUGUCUAACCCAACAGAUGUUCAGAUGGCCUGCUACCAGACCUGCAAGCUUUGUUCUUCUGGAUUGCUUCAUUGAGGGGAGGAUUUUUCCUACUGUGGAGGGCAAAGCUGAGAGACCAAACCUAUUCCUAAAAGAACUUCUUGUUGUUGAUGGGAAUAAUAACCUGCUUUCAGAGCAUUCAAGUUAUUUAUUUUAACAAUCAGGUGCUAUGUUGCAAUUACAUUAGCACUAAUGUGUUUCAUGCCCUACUCUUCCCUAUAUAGUGCUUGUCGUCCUUUCCAGCCUCCAGCAUUGCUGGUCUGUACGUGUUAAAGCUGCUGUGCUUGGCUAAAACUGGAAGCAAUCUGUCCUGAGAUGCUCCUAUUUUAGUGACAGCUUUCUAAAUGCCUGUAGAACAACUGUGUCACCAGAGACAGGCAGCCUCUCGUGCAAACCCCAAUUAGGGUUAAGUGCACAGAGAGUUGUUCUGGCAAGAGGGAGAAAUUGGAUGAGCUAUCUUCCUGGUAUAUAUCCGUAGUAUAUUAUUGGCUUAGUUCAGGUGGGCCCAGACUGAAGCAUAAAGGUUGGUUGGUCAGUCAGUGUAAAUUUCACUGAUAGGAUAUUGCACUAUAGUUUAUGCAUAUUACCUUUUCCAUUAAGGCUUGUUUCUGGAUCUACACAUCACCCUGGAUCUAAACAGACAUGUUUGAAAACUGAUAUUGUCUGAGGAUAUUGUCUAACCAACAGGUCAGAUGAGUAGUUUUGUAUUCUGGGAGCUCUUUCACACUAUUGGAUAGAAAUUGUUGCAUUUCCCAGAGUGUUUGUAAGAGGAAUAUAGUCUAUCCAAAAGUGAACAAAGAGCAAAUUCUCUAAAAUCAGUUGGACAACAGAAAAAUCUUUAGGUGUUUACAGUCAAGAAAGGUAGGACAAAGACAGAGGUCUACAAGGAAUGAUUUCUGCAUGGAGGAACUGCCAUCUUCAAGCCUGAGGUGCAGUAAAAAGCAAGUGGUAUCUUAAUGCAAAUUCCCCUCCAUGGUAAGGAUAUGAAAAAAUAGGUCUCAAAUGUAGUGAGGGCCUAUGCUGUUGUUUGGUUACUUAAGAUGUGGAGAUGAUAUUUCAGGGCUUCUGAAAAUAAGGUGUGUUUUGCAGGGCUGGUUAUUUCAAUCUAAUACCAGAUCCUUGUUCUAAAAAAAGAGUCCUGAUAGAAUUUGACAAAGUAAGAAAUCAAUCCAUUUUGAGGAUGGCAGGGAGUGCUUGCAAAUUUCACAACCCAAGCUCCUAGUAUUCAGUUCUGUAGGAUGAGUCUGCCUGACAUUUUCCACCCUGCUGUGAAAGAAAUCUGCCCCCUCCCCAAUAGCUUAAUCUGUUAAAAGGGCUAGGGUAUUUUUGGUUCAGAUUCCAAAUGAAACACCAAAGUUGAAACACCACAGUUGUUUGAGGGGAGGAAAUUGAUAUUUGCUGAAUAGCCAGAAACCAUAAUUUCAAAUUUUCAAACAAGAAAGCACAAGUGAAGUCUGGGUCGAAAUAACAAACCAGUGAUAUUAAGUUCAGUAAUAUCUCUCUCUCUCUCUCUCUCUAUAUAUGUAUGAAUCUCUUGUUUAUAUGUAAUCUUAUAUUCUAGGGAUCAACAUCUAUACUUGUGAGAUCUUAAUUUAUCUAAGUUGUUACUCAGCAUCUCUUUCAAACCUUCAACCUGGUUUGGAGGCGCCUGAUUGUAUCAGAUGUGACGGGGGGAGCAGUUGCAGGCUCCCUGAUUCUGCCAGCUAAGUUGGCAGCCUUCUUGAGAGCCCUAUAACCUUCUUUGAAACUUCUCCUUGAGAGUCCAGUAGUGCAUUGCUUUCUUGAAAGGAAAAGGUGGUGAUGGUGGAACAUCUAGUUUAUUGGGAAUUAGAGCUGGCAGUGUAAUUGACCUUAAUCUGGAAAUGUACCAAACUCUUUACUUUGAGUUCUGUAACCCUCAGUGUCUUAUCUUAUCUCACUUGGGUGGAGUGAAAUGGCUGUAAGUAGGAUACCCUCUGUUAAUGCCAGAAACUUCCCUUCCCCAAAUACAAAGUCUCUAUCCCUUAUAUAUCCUGUGUUAAAACUUUCAUUCAGAUCUUCAGUGCACUGUCAGAGGAUUAUUUUCUGUGGGACAGAAUUACUUCUUGGCUGUUGCUUUAAUAACAACACCAAAAGCUUUGAUUAGAUGUGCCUGGAAGCCAUUUUGAAUUAUCCAAAGUAUAAUGCACAAAGUAUCUGGUUUUUCUUCAAGCAGCAAAAGCUACAGUGGUGCCUCACAAGACGAAAUUAAUUCAUUCUGCGAGUUUUGUCGUCUUGCGAUUUUUUUUGUCUUGCGAAGCACGGUGUUGGGAAAGUUUUGGAAAAGCGUCUUUAAAAACCUCAAAAAAGGCUACCACACCGCGUUCUAUGAGUUGCUCCUCGAAGUCAAGUCGCAACUGUAUUAACGGUGUUAAGAAAAAGGAAACAAACUUGCAAGACGUUUCCGUCUUGCGAAGCAAGCCCAUAGGGAAAAUCGUCUUGCGAAGCAGCUCAAAAAACAAAAAACCCUUUCGUCUAGCGAGUUUUUUGUCUUGCGAGGCAUUCGUCUUGCGAGGUACCACUGUAUAGGGGUAAAAUGUAGGGUUCUGUGUGUGUGCAUAUGCAUGGAAAUUCUUCUGUAACAAGUAACGUGAAAACUGUUGCUCUUAGACCUGUUUCAGACGUUACUGAAGGGGAACCAAUAUUACAGUGACUUUGGUGUCACUUGAAUGAUUAAGAUAGUAGUUUCAUUGUGGAUGCAGUCAGCUGCUUUCCAUCUUUCUCUAAGUUAGGGUGGGCAACCUGUGGCGUUCCAGAUGUUGUUGGAAUCUAUUUUCCAUCAACUCUAGGGAUGAUAGAAGUUGUAGACCAACAACAUCUGGAGGGCCACAGGUUGUCCACCCCUGCUGUAAAGAGUGAAAGUGACAUGAAACAUACCUGCAUCUAACAAUUUCAAAGUGAAACAUGUCUCCUGAAACAAUGGUUCUCUCCAGUACUAUGUGCAGUUACCCUGUAAUUCUCAUUUUAAGGAAUGGUAUUAAAUCAUUUGAGUGUGGCAGUUGUGUUUUUCUAAGGUGUCCCCCAUGUUCCUAAAAUUUUAUAGACUAACAUGACACCCCCCCCAAAGGCCUGGUUUCUACUCUACAGGGCAUUCAACCUGAACUUUGUAACUGAAGGAGAUGACAGAGAGUGGAAAGGGAAAGUCAGAAAUAAGAGAAUGAAUGUACACAGAUGUAGUUGCAGGUAAUUGGGCUUUCCUGCAGCCGAAAGCAAAGAGAAGAGGAAGCUCAGAGGCAGCUCAGACCUUCCAAACCUUUCUGUCUGGGACACUUGGGACUCUUGCUUGGCCACACCCCUCCCCAGGCCACAUUCCUCUCUUACUUCAUCUGAAUCCUUGGCUGUUUUUGUCUGUCUGAAAUAAAUCCUUAAAUCAUGAUGAUUUCUCCCAUGUUCCCCACCUCUGCCUUAAAGAAACAAGUAACACCAACUCGAGCUUUUAAACUUUGGAUGAGUUUUAUUGUCACUAACAGAUCUGCAUUAAAUUAACACACACACCCCUAGUUUAAUUUGAUUCCAUAUGCAGGCAAACUCUGAACUACUAGCUCGGAUCCUAUGAAUUCCAUUGGUACGAACCCAUUCACUCUUUUGCAUCCUUCCUGGAGGGCAAUAGAGGGUAAUGAAAUUUUGGUGUUGGUCUUUGUCUGAAAAUUUAUUGACAACUUUAACCUCCCUGAAAAGGUUCUAAUUCACAAUGUGAGUUAAUUCACUAUUUAUGAAACCUUUAGUUCAGCCUUAACUUGAAGGUUAGGUUGAGGAGCUAAUUCUACAGUCCUAAAUAUAAUUGCAUGGAAGUAAGAACCACCAAACACAGUGGGAAUUGCUCCUGAGAAAGCACAAAUAGACAUUGCAAGUCUUCCUAAUGUCACCGAAGAUUGCAAUACAUGGAAGACCCUGCUUCACAAACCACAAAUUGCUUCUGUUGAGGCCCAACAUAGAAUUUAUUAUGCUCUAGUUUGUGUAAUACAUUAAAGUUGUAGGCAAAUGGGAGGAAAUCCUUUGUCUUAAUUCUAAUAUUUUUUCCCCCACAGGUAUAGCCUUUACAGACCUCCCUGUAAGUACAACUAUUUUCAGUACUUUAACAAAAGAUUCAAAUUGAAGGGAGGGGGAAAUUGACUGGGAUAUUUUGAUGUCUUCUUUUUGCCAUGCCAUCUGGAAGUGGUUAGUAUGAGGCUUCUUGCUUGAUGUGUUUGCAUUGAAUCAGGUUGGCAAGUUUCUUUUAGCAAAACUAGCUGCAGAAAGGGUGCUGGUUAUUAUCAGGCUUUUCUUGGAACAUACUGGAAGUGUAGGGAAAACUCAAAUUAUUUCAAGGUUGUUUGGAAUUCAAUAGUUUUUCAGGGAUAUGGUUUGCCUGCUUUAAAAUAAACAAUGCAAGACGUCUGUCUAGAAUAAAGCAGGACCUCUAUGUUGCCUUGGCUGCCUCAGGCAAGCUAAAAAUAACAUGAGUUAGUGAAUUGUUCAGCAAUGCAAGUUAGCCAAGCAAACAAAGAGAAUUCCCAGUUUCUUAAAUGUUCCGUUUUGAUUUUGCUAUACCAACUACAUCCACAAUCCAAACAUUUCCUUGCCUCUUGGACUUGCUAGUCCAAAUCUAACAACACCGUAGCAAAUCAAGUAAGAAAUUUCUUUUCAGCAUGAGCAAAGUUCAAGGGCUCUUGGAUAGAAAUGGUAGUCUGAGGGUUGCUUUGUUCUAUGGAACUUUGUACAUGAGUCCCAGAGCCGAUAACAAAAUGCACAUGCAUUCAUUCCAUUAGAAACAGUGCAUGUAUGUGUAAUUUUUCCCCUCUCUAGAAAUGUGCAUCAGCAUGUGGGUUGAUGCAUUCUUGCUUACCACUGGAGCAUGCGGCAAAGGAAAAGCAGGAAUGCAUACCAGCAUGUACUUUUUAAGUCUGAGAUUAUGCAUUUUGUGUGCUGGAAUCAGCACCAGAGUACAAAACAUGUAAGCAGUUGCACUUCCAAAACAUGCAAAACAAACAGGCUUACAAAAAGACAAUUUUGCAACAGCAGUAGGGAGAACAGGUAGACCAUCCAUGAGUUAGGUUAGGAGUGGGAACCUGUGGCCCUUCAGAUAUUGCUGGGUUACAACUCUCAUUUGCCCUGACCAGCAGAUCUAAUGGUCAGGGGUGCUUGGAUUUGUAGUACAACAGCAUCUGGAGGACAAUAGACUUAACUUGAGCAUAUGCAAGUGCUGGAAUUUGCACUUUGAAAGCUACAACAAAGAUACCAACCUUGUAUUUAACAACUCGCUUGGUUGCCAUGAGCAACCAAGAAUUUCAUGCAGGCAAGUGAGCAAGCUGGCAGAAGAGGAACAUUCACUCAAUCACUUUUCCAUUAGCCCACUUGGUAUCUCUGCUAGCUGUGGAAGAAAAGAAGUCAUUUUCCUCCAUAACCAUCAGGGAAAUUCAGCAGAUUAAUGUAGGGAUGGAUUGCUUUUUAUCUUUUCUGUCAGCCUACUUGAUGGAAGGCGUUAAAAAAAACGACCACCCGUUAACAGGCCAGUAGUUUGCAUAUACAUGCUGCCCUCUCUUCCACAGCCAACAUGGGACACACAGGGUACUAACCCCUAAGCAGGUUAGCAUCCGCACUCGCAGAUUAGUAACUUUGGGGAGCUAGUUUACAAGGCUAGAUAAUAUUGCAAUGCCAAAUGGAAGUGUGUAUUUUGUGGGUACAUAGCAUAAUAGACCAGCUUAAUACUUUAAAACUUCUUGAAAAUCAAAACCAAAAUGUAUGUACAUGCAGAUAUUACAUGUCCCAUGGUUGCUUAGCUUUGAAAGCAACUAUUUAACAACCAAGGAACAAACUUUUUGGGGGAGGGGGAGCUUUGUUUGAAACCUUUAAGUCAGGCUUCCUCAACCUCGGCCCUCCAGAUGUUUUUGGCCUACAACUCCCAUGAUCCCUAGCUAGCAGGACCAGAGGUCAGGGAUGCUGGAAAUUGUAGUCUCAAAACAUCUGGAGGGCCGAGGUUGAGGAAGCCUGCUUUAAGUGCAGCUGAAUUGCAGUCCAAGGUUUUCAUUGCUACUAUCAGUCUGGUUGUUUUGCUGUUAUCUGUUGCUGCAUUCAGACACGUCAUUUGUUCAGAUGAUUUGUAGGUAGCAUUAGUUCCUUUCAGAAAGUGUUCAUGAACAGUUAAAGAUCCAGUCAAGGAGCAGGGCCCCUGCUUGUUUAAAUGUAAGUUUAUAUAAUUGCAGAGUUCACUCUUAGCUGGGUAGCUGCAAACAAUUUAAGAGGUACUUCUUUGCAAUGGCUAGUUCCCUCCCCAAUUUGCUUGCAUGUCCUGCAGCACAUCCAAGAUCCUGCCUACCUGCUGUUAAGGCCAGUCCUAAUGAAAGAUAGAAUGCUACAGUUCCUAAUGAAAGAUAGACAUUUUCUAGUCAGCCUUGGCUCCCCAGAUUUUAUUGGACCACAAUCUGCAUCAGCCAUAGCCAGCAUGCCUAAUGAACAGGGACGAUAAGAAUUGUAAUCCAACAAUAUCUGGGGAACCAUGCUUGGAAAUCUGUUCUAGGUUAUGGAUUUGGUUACUGCAUAUGGACUUCCCUGUGAUCCAGAACGGGAGGAUAUUGUCUUCACUAGUAGAGUGUGAAUUACAAUACAAUGAAAAUUCAAUAUGGUUCCAGAAUCAAUAAAAAUAAAUGAAAACACCUAAAUCAUAUGAUUUCUAUCACCCACUGUUAGAAAUGAAAUUAAGUUGGUUCAUAUCUGUGAAUGGUGAUGCUCUUUUCAGAGAUCAUCUGCUUCUCCUGUGCUGAAAAGUUCUUACGCAAUCAGUCUGCAACUCCAUGAAAUACUUGCGCACGAUAAACAUUCUUUGCCCUUUUGUCUACAGUCUACUACUUCUGAAGUUGUCUUCUUUUUCCAGUUUAGUAGCAGUCCUUGAAGCUUAAGCUGCCUUUUAUCUAAUCCUUCCCAGUACACUGGUUUUCUUACUGCAGUUACUCUGUUGCUUGGAAGAGUGUUGCAUGAGUCUUACUCUGAAUUUUAGCUCUUCAGCUUCCUUUCUGCCUAGGCACUGAACUCUUCUCUACCUGUCCACUUAAUUCUGAACCUUUGGAUAUUCAGUUCUUAGCUGCAUGGCAAUGAAUUUAUUUUCUGUGAGGGCUGUUCCUGUAGCAUCACUUGAAUUCAAAAUCAGCUGUAAAGGAGAACGGUUAUAUACAAUCUUGACUUGACUGGUAUCAAGAAAGAUUUUGGAUUUUUAAAAUAAUUUGAUUCAUUGGUAGACUGAUCCAAUCAGAUGUGAUUUUAGACUUCUUUCUGCUUUGGAAUUACAACUAACAGGAUAGGGUACUCUUCCAACCCACCCCUCUUCUUUACUGUCACCCUCUACACAGACUCAGGCUGCAUCUAGUCAACCAAACCUGCCCAUUCUUCCUCUCCUGGUGUGAAAAGUAAUGCAAUUCUAAGAAUGUUUCUUGCUGAGAAAAAGUGAGCAGCAUAUGUAAGGACUUCAUAAUAUUCCCGAUAAAGUACCUAGAUUUUCAGAGCAUGCUUGACCAUUGCUUCUCACUAGGGGUACUGGGUUUCAGAUUUAUUUAUUUUUUAAAUUACAUUUAUAUAUCACCUUUUCCUCAAAGGAACUCCCUUCCCAUUUUGUCCUCACAACAACCCUGUGAGGCAGCUUAGACCUAGAGACUGGUUGCCCAAGGUCACCCAGUGAGCUUCAUAGCUAAGUGAGAAUUCAAACCCUGGUCUCCCAGGUCCUAGUCCAACACUCUAAUCAUUACACCACCCUAGCACCUGGAAGGGAAUGCAAGAAAUGAAUCUUCUAGCUAGCAAAAAGAAAGCAGCACAGCAAGGUUACCUGAAUGAAGAUAAGGAAUAGAAAGGAAUAUUGGGGAAGGGUCGUAGCUCAGCAGUAGAGCACAUGUUUGCAUGCAAUUGGGAAAAGACUUCCUGGAGAUCUGCUACUGAAAUACUCAGUACUGAGUGUAGACAGUACUAAGCUCGAUGGAGCCAUGGUCUGACUUGGUAUACAAGGUGGCUUCCUAUGUCCCUUUCCACAAAAAUGUGGACAAGCUCACUAGAAGGUGAAGUGUAAGUUAUUAGGGAGGUCAAACGAGUAAUUUGGAAUGAAUGUACAAGACAGAUUAGAAAAGCAGAAUUCACUGCCUGACAUGACUUGUUGGAAAGGAAAUGUAGAUACAGUGGUACCUUGCUUUUCGAAUGUAAUCCAUUCCGGAAGACAGUUCAAGUUCUGAAACAUUCGAAAACCAAACAAUAGCCAACAGCUAGGCCUCAGGAUCUUGCACUCAGCAGAAGCCGCGUGGUAUGUUUGACUUCCGAGGCGUGUUUGAAAACAGAAGCAUUUACUUCUGGGUUUACGGCGUUCGAAAACCGAGGUACCACUGUAUGGGCUAAGUAUUUUACAUACCUCUUAAAGCCUUGUUUUGUAGUUAUUUGGUAUAUAGGCCUUGUGACAGUAAUCAACACUGCUUUCUCUUAGUUGCUUGCCUCCAGAUGCUGGAAGCUCUCUUCCAGUUCUCCAUAGUAGCUUUGCUUUGUCUAAGCUGUCUUUUUCUUUCUUUCUCAAAACUGUUGGUGCUGUUAAAGCUCUAUCCAGCACACAUUGCUUGUACCUUUCUCAGAGGCACUUAGAGGAUAUGUUUACAAAGUAUUUUUGCCAUAGGUAACUACAAGCACGAAGGUAAAAUGUUGUGGAGGUUCUGGAGUAGCUUUCAUUCUAGUCUUGGAAGAUUAUGAGUACAUAUUCUGCGACUGUCAUUAAGGCAAAUGAUCCUUCCUCCAUUCCCACAGUCUGUUUUUAGGAAGACUGAAGUCCCUGGGGAAACUUGCAAUCUGCAAACUCAUGCAAGGAUUGACAUGGAGCCAUGUGUGUUUAAUUUUGCUCUCUCACUUCCCAAACUGCUCUUGGAAGUCACAAAGAUUCAGUAAAACCUUAUAGCUAUGUCAUAAAGGGUUGGGGUUUUUUGCUAGUUGGUUCCUCAUAUAUUGUGUUCGGUUUCUUAUAAAUUGCUCUGAAUAGUGCUCGUCACGUCUGCCUAAUCUGGAGGCUUCAUUUGAGCUUCCUCUAAGAUUAGCACCCUUGCUUGUUUUCAGCUGAUUCUUGGAGGCUCAGAGAAAAAUGUAUGUUAGCUUUCUUCCCGAAAGGGGCCCUAUUUUUUAACUGGGGUUUCUUCUUUUGGCAGGCCAAUUUAUAUCCCACUGUGGGGCUCCAGACACCCGGAGAGAUAGUGGAUGCCAACUUUGGGCAGCAGCCGUUUGUGUUUGACAUCGAAGAUUACAUGAGGGAGUGGCGAGCAAAGAUUCAGGGCACCAUUAAGCGGUUUCCCAUAGGUGACCGGCUAGGUGAAUGGCAAGCCAUGCUACAGAAGUGAGUGGGAGCAUUAAUUUCUUUUUACUUAGAAGCUUCAUUAAAGAACAUCAAUUGCUAUAGAGUGGUCUGUUUAUAAAGUACGUCCUGCACCCCUCUUCCUUUAUAUUGGACAAUUUUUGUGUGUGUUAAAGUUCCUUAAUGCUAAUGAGGAACAAAGAGCUUUGCUCUGCACAUGUGUUUCGUUUUUAAAAAACAAAAACAAACCUGCACAAAUCUCGUUUUCAGUAGCAAUCUCAAGAGUGGAGGGCUGCUUUCAGGAACUGUCUGGACUGAUUGCUUUUUAGCCUGUCUGAGGACAAGUCACUGGCAAAUCACUGAACCAGAUGCGGAGGGAAAGGCGAUGGUUUGGAGAAGCAUUACAGCUUCUAUAUCUUUGUGUCCCAGACAGAAAUGAGGGGAAAUGAAGCACAGAGCUCCAGAGCACAGAAUUUGAAGUGACUGAGAAUCUGAUGUUCCCUCUUCCUAGAAAUUUUUUUGGAUGAAGCUUUGCAAAAUCAACAGGCAGCUGACCAUUGGUUGUGAAUUGUAGACCACAACACCUGCAGGGAAGCAUGUUACAUUCCAGAGGACAGGGGUGCUAUCGCUUUGGAUUUUUUUAUAUAUUUUGACAUAUUUUUAUAAUGCCCUUUGAUUAUUUUUGUGGAGUGGUUUACAGCACGGUGAUUAGUGUUCUAUUAUAUAUGACUUUCAAAAAGGAUUAGAUAGGCUUAUAGGACUGCUACAGACCUCAGUAAGACAGGCAGUGUAUUUAAUGGUUCAUUAUAGGAUUUCCAGUAAAUUGGUCCAGGGUCACUUGCUGUUCACCUACAUUAAUACAGUAUCAUUUUGAACAUCUUAUGCAGUGAUACUAAAAAAAAAGUUUGCAACAUUAAUGUAGGUUUCCUUCACCAUAAUGCAUGCAUUUCCUGGGUGCUCUUAAAUAACAGUUUGACUGUUCAUACCCAAGCAGGAGUUGAUCUCUUCCCUUUGGCUAGCCUAACUCCUGUGUUGUGUGUGGGAAUGUACCAAGAGUAGUGUCUUCUGUUCACUUCCCCAAAUGCUUUUGUUCACCAUAUAAGAGUGUGACAUUUUCAUUGUAGGAAGCAGGGCCAAGGACAACUCUGGGAUACACCGUCUGACUUCAAAUUAAUGUGAUCCUUCCAGAUAUAUUUUACAGCAGGGAUAGCCAACUUCCAAGAGACUGCUAUUUACUCACACAAUUAAAAACUGGCAGUGAUCUACCCCUUUUGGGGUGGUGUUCCGGUCAAAGUUGCUGAGCUUUUUUUAGGGAGGCAAAUCUCGUUUAUUGGGGGGAUCAGGGCAGGGGAAUAAAUAAUAAAUUGCUCACCAAGAGAUUGCUAAUGAAACAGUCAACAACACAGCGAGAGCUCCAUCUUCUGGUAUAGCAAUCUAGGGGGUGGGGCCAGACAGAGGAGCCAGCGAUCAUCCACGAUCUACAAAAAACCCCUGGGGAUUGACCAGUAGAUCAUGAUUGACCUGUUGGACAGCCCUGUUUUACAGCUUUGCCAUGGCUCUGUGCUAACAGAGAUACCCGUUCUACAAUUUGCUUUCUGUAUUCUCCCCCCAGUAUGGUCUCUUCCUAUCUGGUCCAUCACGGGUACUGUGCUACAGCAACUGCCUUUGCCAGGGUGACGGAAAGUACAAUCCAGGAAGAACAGAUCUCUAUAAAGAACAGACAAAGUAAGUUUAUUCUUACAACUUCCUCACAACUUUCCCUGAAGACUUGAGAGACAGCCCUUCCUGCCUGCAGCAUGACUUCAGUCCAAUAUCCACAUAUUCAGAUGCCAAAUGGAAGUGGUCACUAGGUAGAACCUCAAUAUCUUCCACAACUUCCCUUGGGUCCUCUUCUGUGGCUGCCAGUGUUCCAGUGUCUCAUCAUUUCCCCCCUCAUCCUGCCACUCCCAAACCAAAUGUUUGGUUUGAGAACUUUAGAAGCAGGAUAGUCUACUCAAGGAAAAUAGGUACUCUUUUAUUUAAUCUGCCAAACCUAUAUUAUUUAUUUCUGUUUUUUUAAACGCAUACAUAAAAAAAACCUUGCAUGUUGUCUUUGGCUGUCCUUUGCAAAGAACUUACUGCUUUGGGUACAGAGUUAUACCUCUAACUCCAUGCAGGAUUUAUGGCACUUGAAAGACCAGUAUCUUCUCUCAAUUGCUGAAUUACUAAUAUUUAUUUGCAAUAUUUAUCGAUAAUCUUUCUACCAUAAGAACUCCCAUAGUGGUUCACAAUGAAAAUAAAAUCAUUUUAUGUGUGUGGGGGGGGGGGGUUCCUUUUGCCUCUUAACAAGUUCUCAGAGUAGCUUUCAUAUAAAGUAAUGUAAAGCAUCACUAAACAACUAUCAGGUACAACGUUCACACAUCAAUAAAAUUAAUAAAAUCAAUAAACCAACAGGAAGCAGCAUAAAGGUAUUGUAACACCAGCAGAUAAAUCAGUAUUACUGUUCAGUUAAAAACUUAAGACAAGAAUAACACUUUUUAUCUGACACCUAAUAAUCUGCAGUUGACACCAGGUGUACCUUCUGGGGAAGAAAUUCCACAACUGGGGUGCCAUCACACUGAAGUCCCUAUUUGUGGUCACUUUUAUCUAUCCUCUGAAGUUAGGAGUAUCUAGAAAAAGGCCUUUGAACAUCACCUGCAAUUAAAUAGGUUCAUGUUCUUCAGAUAUUCAGAUAAAAUCCAACAUUUUUAUUGCCUGUCUACCUUUGGGAUUAUAUGCUGCCUGUCAUUAUAGGCAAUCUUACUGUUCCAUCCCUGCUUUCAUCUACAGGAAUACAGAAGCUGGUCUUGGCAGGAAGAGUGGGGGAAGCCAUUGAAGCCACACAACAGCUAUACCCAGGACUCCUAGAGCACAACCCUAAUCUCCUUUUUAUGUUAAAGUGAGUACAUCCAAAUCCUUUCAAGUACAGUAAGACCUGCAGUGUGAGGAACAUAAGAAGACAGAGGCUUAUACUGGAACUACUGGCUGUGAUCUAUCAAAACGAGUCUAAUGAUACAAUGAUACAAACAUUCCAGGUCUUUACUUUGGCUAUUACAGUUAGAAGCUGUCAGGAGAAGAUCAUUGCACUUUGAAUGGUGGUUAAUAAAUUUAUUAAAUGAAGGAAGAAUAAGUGAUGUAUAGUGCUGAAAAGGUGACCCCAUUGGUUAGGGUAGCAGGCUUGAGCCACAUUCCAACUUAUUCCAGAAGAGCUGGGGAUGGCAAAUCAUCCAGUGAAAGGUUGUUUUACCUAUAGAAUGAUGCUUUAAACAUCUCUCUGUGUUAAGACAUUAUUUGCAAUGGCACCGUUUUCCUCUGUGGUAUCGUUCCUUUUCCUUCUCUGUACUUCAAAACAGGCAUGCAGACCUGAAUUGCUUGCUUUCGUUAUUAGCACUCAUAAAACACCUUACGUUUUUAAUUGCUGUACAAGCAUCAAAAGAGAAGACCACCCUUGCUCACAGUCUAAUAAUCUAGUACAGGUAGAUUAUCUGGUUGUAGUUCAUCAACAUCUGGAGAGCCAAAAGUUCCCCACACUGGAUAUAGUUGGUCAUACUAAGUUGUGGUCUGAACCUAUACCACUUUCAUAGAGAAUCAGCUUUUUUUACUCUUAACACACCUGUGAUUUUAGAAGUGGCUGUCUGCAAUGAUGGAACAUGGAACAAGGUGCUAGGCUUUGCUGUAUCUGUUCCUUCAAAAGUGAACUAUAAAAGGGUCUUGUAAUUAAUUAAUUAAUUUGAUGCCAAAGUAGACUUCUAAGCAGCUUACCAGUAUAGAAACCUGUCUCAUUUCUUCUUCAUGGUUCUCUUAUUAACACUUGCUGCACAAUGCUAAUCCUUUUCUAUGAGAAGCAAAGCUUAAGGGUGAAUGGUUGCUCCCAAUGUGAAGCCAAAAUGCUAUGGCUCAGCGGUAGAGCACAUGCUUUGCAUACAGAAGGUCCCAGAUUCAAGCGCUGGCAUUUCCAGGAAGGACUGGGAAAGACCCCUGCCUGAAACAUACCCUGGAAUAGACAAUACUGAGCUAGAUGGAUGAAUGGCCUGACUUGGUGUAAGACAGCUUCAUGUGUUGACCGGGUACCUUAUCUACUAGCUCCAGCUCCUGAAGAAUACUAAUUCAGCAAGAGAGAAAAUUUUCACUCGUUAGUGCCACUUUCAGACAUUUCAGUAAAAAGAUUUUGCUCUGUGGCUGGAGUGGUUUCCUGUCUUGGGAAGGGGCUUAACGUGUGUCUGGUUCCUUCAUACUGGGCUUUUGAAUGGAACAUUAAAUUCAUGUAUCAUCUUGCAGGUGACAUCUCUAGCUGAAAACUUUGCUUUUGACACCAGAAUGCUGCUUUUCUCAUCUGGUGGUUUCUAAAGAUCCUUGUUUGUUCUAGGCUGCAGCUACUAAUGGGUGCUAAAAUGCUUGUAUGCUUCUCGUGAACCAUUGCACAGCAUCCAUUGCUCUGGCAUUUUGUGUUUCAACUCUUUCUCUUCCUCUCUCCUUGCACACAGGUGCCGGCAGUUUGUGGAGAUGGUGAAUGGAACAGACAGUGAAGUACGUUGUUUCAGUGCCCGCAGCCCCAAAUCCCAGGACAGCUACCCUGAUUCCCCCAACCUAAGUCCAAGGCACGGCUCUAACAAUUUGCACAUUCACAGCACUGGUAAGUGUUGAUUUCUCUGCUAGGAAAUCAGUUACUUGGCUUUCUUCUACAGAGCACUCUAGCCACAUUCAGGCAUUCUGCAAAUGAACCCUAACCCUUUUAGUACUUUUCCAGCUCCCUGCCCAAGGGUACUUAUUACACAAUGUGCACCCAUAAUGAAGCACUUGAGAUGUUUGGGGAGAAUUCUUGGUGUGUUCACACCUCACUCCACUUGUUAGGAAUUCUCUCCCUGUACUGUGAGAGAAGAGCCAAAGCUCAGGAGGGUGUGGAGAAGUACUGUCCUAUAGGCCUUACCACUGUAUUCAUUCAGUGCCCUGUCUUUACAUAGGAACCUAGGGCCUAGGCCUUAUACCGAGUCAGACCACUAGUCCAUCUAGCUCAGUACUGUCCAUGUUGACAGGCUGUGGCUCUACAGGGGCUCAGGCAGGGAUUUUAUCAAACCCUACCUGGAGAGGACAAGGAUGAAAUCUGGGAUCUUCUGCAUGCAGAGCUAUGGCCUUUCCCCACUGUAGGUUCUGUAGGCCUACAGGGAAGGUGAAACUAGAAAUGACCUUGAUGUGUAAUUGGAUAUCCUGUCUAAUUUUAAACUUUAAAAAAGUCAACAGGGGAAACGGGCAUUCAGUUAGAUCAGGGCCACAAUUCAGUUAGAUCAGGGCCAACCUUUUCCUCUUGUGCCAUUUGCCCAUUUUAAAACUCAUUCCACUUCCAAGAAGAAUUGUCUCUUAAGUGUUUUCCUAAUAAGGAAGAUAGCAGGAAGAGAAAGGAUAGUGUCACCUCCUCCCAGCACCACAGUCUUGAUCAGAACCCACACACAGAAAUGUAAGUAAAUGGCAGAUCCAUGGGUGGGGUGAGAGAGGUAUAAAUCCUCUGGCCUUGCAAUGCUGUCUCAGGGACCACAGAAUUGCUCCUUAAGGUGCUUGUCUUUAGAGGUAUUGUCCAAUAUGGAUGUCCAUGUCACAUAACCAUUGCAUUAAUUAAAAUCCAUGUUGCUUAGACACAUUCCUCAUACCAUUUUAUCUUGCAAGUGCCUGUCUACUGAUAGUAAGUACCUGGCCACUUGCCUUUGCCUGGAUAUGUGUGUUCUGUGCACAUUUCAGUAAGAUGUAUUGUGGUGUGUGGUUUUCAGCUUUGAGUAAGCAUUAGAUCAGACCAAGGUCUUGCUGCUUGUGGUUAGCUGCAUCAGAAAUAGGGACUAAGGCUUUUUGCUGGCUGAGAGAAUGGAUGCUUCUUGAGAACACUGAUGUGUUGGACUUAGAAGGUUUUAAUAAUGUCUUUGGGUGGCAUGCAUAUCUAUGGUAUGAUAAGGUCAAAGUACAUAAAGCGUUUAAAAACCAUAUUGUCAGAAAAGCACUGUUUAAUGUUUGGAUAAGAUAUAAGGAUUUGUUUGAGAAGAAAACCCCAAGGUGGCUGUCACCAAUGGAAGCGAAGGCUCAGAAAAAGCUCAAUAUGGAGGCUAAAUGGCUGAAAUAUUGGGAAAUUUUGGAACAAGAGGGAGACAGAUUAAAACUGCAGAGUUUUGAAAAAUUAAAAAAUAGAGUGCGAGAUUGGCUUCAUUAUUAUCAGAUAAUGGAGGCAUAUAAUUUGGAUAAAAAAAUUGGCUUCCAGGUGGAAAAAUCAAAAUUGGAAACAGAACUGUUAGACCCCAAAACUAAGAAUUUGUCAAGAAUGUAUAAUUUGCUGUUGAAAUGGAAUACUCAAGAUGAAACGGUGAAAUCUGUUAUGAUUAGAUGGGCACAAGAUGUUGGACAUAACAUUAUGAUGGCUGACUGGGAACAGUUAUGGACCACAGGUAUGAAGUUCACGGCAUGUAAUGCCUUAAGAGAGAAUAUAAUGAAAAUGAUAUACAGGUGGUACAUGACACCAGUCAAGCUUGCAAAAAUCUAUCAUUUGCCCGAUAAUAAAUGCUGGAAAUGUAAAGAGACGGAAGGUACAUUCUUGCACCUUUGGUGGACAUGCCCAAGGAUUAAGGCUUUCUGGGAGAUGAUCUAUAAUGAAAUGAAAAAGGUAUUUAAAUAUAUCUUUCUGAAGAAACCAGAGGCCUUUCUCCUGGGCAUGAUCGGCCAAUUGGUGCCAAAGAAGGACAGAACUUCCUUUAUGUAUGCCACAACAGCAGCAAGAAUACUUAUUGCAAAGUAUUGGAAGACACAAGAUCUACCCACCCUGGAAGAAUGGCAGAUGAAGGUGAUAGACUAUAUGGAACUGGCGGAAAUGACUGGCAGAAUCCGAGACCAGGGAGAAAAGUUGGUGGAGGAAGAUUGGAAGAAAUUUAAAGACUAUUUACAGAAACAUUGUAAAAUUAAUGAAUGUUAGAAUGAUGUUGGAAUGAAUCUAGGUGAUUUUAGCAAAAAUGUAUCAAAGAUUUAAGAAAAAUAGUCUGUUAAUUGGUGAAAAGAGGGAAAGUAAACUUAUAUCAAGAUUAAGAUAUAUUUUCAGGAUAAAAAUUUUGAAGAGAGGGAAAGGAUUUGCUGAAAUGGAUAACUGAUUUAGAAUACAAAAAAGGGAGGUGUGAGGAGGUCAGGGAAACAAGCAAAUGAAAGAUAAAUUAUGGGAAGGUUCGAUUUGUUUUUUUUUUUCUUCUUUUGUUUUUAAUUGUUUUUACCUUUCUGUUUUUUAUUGUGAUGUGUUGGUUUUGUUAUUGUUUAAUUUGGUGUUUUUACUUUUGCCUUUUUGUAAACUUAAAACUUUAAUAAAUACUAUUAAAAAAAAAAAACAGAAAUAGGGACUAAGUACCGUAUAUACUUGAGUAUAAACCAACCCGAAUAUAAGCCGAGGCACCUAAUUUUAGGACAAAAAACUGGGGAAACUUAUUGACUCGAGUACAAGCCGGUUCAACACACCACAAACUUGGUGGCGGUGGUGGUGGCAGCGGAGGAGGAAGAACAAGCAGCCCGAAAGGGCUGCUUUUGGGCUGCUCAUUCCUCCUUUGCCACUGCCAACAGUGGUGGAAGAGGAGGAAGAACAAGUAGCUUGCUCUGCCGCUGCCGCCAACAGGGGCAAAGGCAGAGGAGGAGGAAGGAGCUCCUUUUGGGCAACUUAUCCCUCCACCACCGCCUCUGCUGCUUGCAAGAGCAGGCAUAGGAGCCCGGUUGGGGGAGGCACAGUGCAGCGCAGUGCCUCUCCCAGCCGCAGCUCCUGUGCCUGCCCUUGUGAGAGGCGGGCAGCGGUGGAGGGAUGAGCGGUGAGAAAGGGCUCCUUUCUUGGCACUCGUCCCUCCGCCGCCGCCCGCCUCACUCAAGUAUAAGCCGAGAGAGGCUUUUUCAGCAUUAAAAUUAUGCUGAAAAAGUCGGCUUAUUUUCGAGUAUAUAUGGUAGUCUAAGAUGGACAUUGACGUGGGUUUGUCCAGAUCCCCUUGCAACAUUAAAACAGAGCAGGGGCACCAGUCCUCAUUCUUUUCUUUCUGUUUCAGGAGCGGACAGCCCAAGCUGUAGCAAUGGAGUUACUUCCAUAAAAAACAAACAGAGCCACUGUAAAUAUCCAGCACUGAGCUCAUCGUCAUCAUCCUCUUCCUCGUCAUCCCCUUCAUCGGUGAACUACUCAGAGUCUAACUCCACAGAUUCCACCAAGUCCCAGCAGCACAGCAGCACCAGCAACCAAGAGACCAGGUAGCACAGAAGCGCUUUUUCUAGUGAGAAGUGUGUAGCAGGCAGCUGUAACAGGGGGUGGAAACUGAUGUAGCGUCCUGCUUCUUACGCCUAGGCAUUUGCAAAUGCACAAGCAGCAGACACACACACAAAUCCAUUUUUCCGACCCAGUUGAAUUCCCUUUCAAUAUAAUUUGACACUUGUGUUAAUCACAGCAGUUUAUAAAUUUUAUAAUUUCAGUCUGAAAAUCCACCAAGAACUUCUGGUUGAUCUGCAGUGUGCUUUAAUCCUCACUGACGCUGUCUUUCCUGUUAGCUAUUCCUCUCAUUCCCCCAGGAAGACUCCUUUGCUUUCUAAGACCCUCCUUUUUUUCACACAGUGACAGUGAGAUGGAGAUGGAGGCAGAGCACUACCCCAAUGGAGUCCUGGAGAAUUCUGCUACAAGGAUAAUGAAUGGCACUUACAAACAUGAAGAGAUUCUGCAGACAGAUGAUUCCAGCAUGGGUAGGGUUCAGUGUGGAAAGCAUCUUCUCAUCUCUGUUCCAGGGAACACUCAGCUUAGCAAGUGUGGGUGAUGUUCCCUAAGGAAACUGCUACUUGGGGUCCUCUUCCAGUCCAGAAACCCACAGAGAGGGCAUGGGAUGCAAAAAAAAAAUUGUUUCUAAAAUUAGUUAGAUCAUUAGAAUAUCAAACAGUAAAAUUUUGAAAAUGAUGAAGUAAUUUUCUUGCAACAAGACUGAAGUGCCAAUGUAAUUUAUAGCUGAUGAUGGACAGCAUUUUAAAACUAAAUGCUUCUAGUGGUGGGACUCCUCUGAGCCUUCUGCUGUUGACCUCACUGGAAUUGAACUAACUGGCUUUUGGGGAGACAGAGAUGGAGGAAGGUGAUUGCUUUGGUGCUCCAGCCCUUCCCUUCUUUUCACUUUCCCUUCCCUUCUUCUUUCCUUUGCUCUAGAAGAUGGCUGUCCUCAGAGGCAGCUCUGUGGAGGGAACCAUGCUGCCACUGAGCGGAUGAUCCAGUUUGGGCGGGAGCUGCAGACCCUGAGCGAGCAGCUGUGCAGAGAGUAUGGGAAGAAUACGACACAUAAAAAAAUGUUGCAGGUGUGCCAUGUGGCUGAGAACCCCAUUCACAUUCAUGACCCAGAACUUGAAACCAUUCAUUCAUUCAAAAUAUCCCCAUUUCACCUCUCAAUAUAAAAUUGCUAUGGUGGUUGCUUGCAAUAAAAAAUAAAAACAGUAUAAUAGGAAGCUGCCUUAUAGUGAGUCAGACCUUUAGUCCUUUCAGCUCAGUCUAUACUGACUGGCACUAGCUCUCCAGGAUUUCAGACAGAGGACAUUCCCAGCCCUACUGGGAGAUUCCAGGAGUUGAAUUUGGGACUUUCUGCAUGCAAAACAGAUGUUCUACCACUCUUGCUAUGGCCCCAAAAUAAAAAGUAAAAAUAAAAGGCAAUAGAGCAGUGUCGCAGGAGGAGUUUUUUAAACUAAUAAAACCAUCAACACCCAACUGGUCACUUAAAACUGUUUUAAAACCCAAGGAAAAUAGUACUGUGUUGACCCUGACACCUAAGGGUUUUAGAUUCGCUACCAAGAAAUAGCUAAAAGAGUUCCACAGAUGAGAUACCACUGCCAAGGAAGCUCUGGAGCCCUCUGUUUCACAUCAGGAGAAAGGGUUGCACAAGAAGGACACUCUAUGCCCUCCUGUUUUCCAGAGAAGUCACCUUGGUUUGCACUUAUCAUAGUUCAUAACCCAAACUACCAUUCAGGCUUUCAAAGAUAGAACAGGCAAAGAUGUAGAUUAGUGUCACUUGCCUGCUUUCAUUUCUGUAUACUGAGUACAUCACAUAGCUUUAUCUUUGCGCCUGCAUCCAUGGUGCAGUAGCCAUAACUGCAGUUUGUCACAUGAGAUGGGAUUCCUUAAGCUUGGUUUUUCAUACUGCCUGAACUGAGCCAUUACACAUCUUGAUUGGACCAAGAAUAGUAGUUAAAUACCAACAGGACAAAGUGCUCUUUGUCCUCUUUGGGUUAAAAACUAUUUAGUUCAGUAUUUUAAAACAUGUUGGGAAUCCGUAUAAUCGUUUCCCUGCAAUUUCUUUAGAUCCACUUUCUCCCAAGCAGAGCAGUGAGUUCAUGUGGCAUACUGAGUAUGUGUUCUCUGGUCUCAGUUUGAAGAGACUCAGUAAUUUCAGGUGGCCCAUUCCAUCACUUAGAGAAUCCUGGUAUUUUGUGUAUGUGUUGCAGUGCUGUUCAAGCCUCUCUUCUUUCACUCAGGACGCGUUCAGCUUGCUGGCCUACUCUGAUCCAUGGAACUGUCCCGUUGGCCAGCAGCUAGAUCCAAUCCAGCGGGAACCCGUGUGUGCUGCACUCAAUAGCGCUAUAUUGGGUAAGGUGACAAAGGGUGAGGUAGCUCAGACCUGUCUCUUCUGCAUGCACCUGUUUCUGCAGUGAGGCUACUGAUGCUGGAGGGCAGCUGGCAGGAUUAUUGCUUACCUUGCAAAAUUACUGCAGUGUUCUUUAAUUUUCCCCAACAUUUUGCUUAGUUUUCCCCAUGUUCCAUGAAGAUCUCCUGAAAUAUAUGGUGUUAAGCCGCUGCCAUAGUUUUAAGGACUGCUGAGCGAAGCCAUAGCCACUGUGUGUGCUUUUGCUGCACGCAUAUUUAUCAUCACAGAGGUGAAAGCUGGAGUGGGGAGCAGACUUGCAAAAUCUCACCUCACCCAUGAAUUCAGUAGGUAGCUUGAGCUUCAGCCACCCUUUCUGUAAAGAGGGCAUAAUGCCACUAAUUUGCCUUACAGGGUUAUUAUAUAGAGUAAUGUGGUAAUAUAUGUAAUGAAUUUGGGAUACCUCGAUAAAACUUGAAGGCAUGGUCCAACAGAUGCUGAGCUUUCGUCGGUCUCACUGCUUACCAUGAAAUAAAGCUAUGCCUGUGUAUAAUUUUCAUAUUGAAACCAGUGGGCUGCAACAUUGCUGAACUUGGGCCAGAUUCAUGUAUUUAACCUUUGACUGUCAUCAGGCUUCAGAUGGAUCUUUCCCUUCGUAGGGCCUGCAUGCAUUCCAGAGCCUGUGUCCCUCCAGAUGUUGCUGGACUACAGCUCCCAUCACUCCUGACCACUGGCCGUGCUGGUGGGGGUUUGGAGCCCAUUGACAACUGGAGGGACCCCCACUCCUCUUCUGUGUUUUCCAGUCCUCUAUGGGGAAGAGCCUUCUUGCAGCUUUGGGGUGUGGGGGAUGGAAUAAAGUAGCUUUUAUCAAUGACAUGCUCUUUGUGCAUCUCCUCAUUGUCACAAUGCCCUCUUUCUCUUUCUGCAGAGUCUCAGAACCUGCCAAAGCAGCCCCCACUGCUGCUUGCCCUGGGCCAGGCCUCGGAGUGCUUGCGGCUCAUGGCCCGCGUGGGCUUGGGCUCCUGCUCUUUCGCCAGAGUGGAUGACUAUUUGCACUAGCCACUGAGUGAGACAGAGUGACCCCUCCAGUGCUGCCACCAUCACUUCCCCCUGCCUCGCAUUUUCCCACUGCCCCCAAGGGCAAGCUGCCCAGCGGAAGGACACAUUGCUGACUGAGGGGGAAUCCUUGUGAUGCCUUCAUUUCUCACCUUGGAAACUGCUGGCAGGGCCUUCCCCCUGUCGUCAUCACCACCACAGCCUGCUCUGCCCUGCAGCCAUUGCAGCACUCAGUAUUUUCACUGGUCAUUCUGAUGUAGCGCCUUUCCUACUUUAGGAUUUAUUUUAUUUUAUUUUAUUUUCUGACUGAGCCACCAGUAUUUAUAUCUGGAGAGUUUGUGCUGAGCUGGUUUCUACUAAUUUAGAGAUAAAAGUGUAUCUGUUGGUGAUGGCCUGCUUUUAUUUUCACGAGGGGAAACUGCUGGCACACAUGUCACCAGGGCAGUGUUGUUCUCUAGUGCUAGUCCCCUUAAAGGCAAGAGGCUUCGUGUUUUGACUGGAGACCAACCUGUGCCACCACAUCUCUACUGCCUGAGCAGAAAGGCUCAUUUGUCUCUUUUUUGCCAUGUGAUAUUCAAGGUCAAGAACUGACAGGUGGCCAUUGGAACUUCUAUGGAGAAAAGCUGAGAAUGAGAAUGAAAGGUGUGUAGUAUUUUGGUCUCAUCUUCUAGUAAAAUGGCCUGAUACUCUGAGACAGAUGGAGAUGGUCUUAACCAAGCAUACCCCCCCACCCUAAACAUGGUUGAGAGUAGGAACAAUGUCUUGCCUAAACACAUCCAACAUUAUAACACAGGCAGCUGAGAUGAUGACCUCCAGAUAUUGGACUCCAGUUCCCAUCAGCCCUGGCUAACAUGAUCAGUGGUCAGGGAUUAUGGGAUCUGUAGUCUUAACAACAUCUGGAAAGCAUCAUCUUAACUACCCAUGCAGUAGAGGAAGGGAUCCUAGGCCCAAUACAGUUUGAUUAGCGCAUUUAAUCCAAUAUGGGCAUUUAGGUGGCAGCUAGCAUCAAACAAAUGGGACUUGUCCCAUAGAGAUGUUGAAGGCAGAGUGACUUUACCUGUCUUUUAAAUGGAAUAGUGUCAGAUGAUGUGGAAACUGGGAGAUAUGUGUCACUCUAGCCUUUUCUAUUUGAGCUAGAGACUCUCCUAGGGGUUUUCACUUGGACUGCUGUCUGCUUUUUUAUACAAUUGCACGCCCCCUGUGUUUUGGGGUCAUUCAUAGUUGACAAGCUCCCAGUCCAGGUUUGGGGCUCAGGUAGAUCAGAUCACACCUCCCUCAUUACCUGUGGAUCUUUGUUCCACACUGAACUUGAAGUCCGUCAGAUGCUUGAAUGACAACUGAUCAGCCACAAAUGAAAAUGUGAAAUUGAGGACAUAAGCCAAUAUUUAGUUUUUCCUUUUAAAAAAAGUGUACAGUUUUUAUUGCAAGGAGUAGCCAUUAAAAAAAAAAGUACAGACACUUCUAAACCAGGGUAUUGCAGAAAUCCUCACAAAAAGUUGCUAGGCAUAAUGGGUGAAAAACUCAGGUGCCAGCCUAAUUUAUAUGAGGGUGUAUAUAUGUAUAUCAAGAGAGGCACACUACUAAAAGCAAUUUUGUCAGAUUAUAGUAUGGAUUAUGCAGCUUCAGAAUUGUUGGCUUGCUGGCAUAUUUCAACAUCUUGUCUAGCUUUUAAUAUACAUUUCUGAUGGGAAAAGUGACUCCUAUAAAAUCAACAAGCGAGACAUUUAACUCAAGUGGUUUUUCAGUAUUGCAGAAGGUUAUGGGGAAUGUGCUAAAUAAGUGUGCUUCUUGAGGUGAAGAACAGUGGUCACAUUUAGAACAGGCAUAGGCAAACUCCGGCCCUCCAGAUGUUUGGGACUACAAUUCCCACCAUCCCUAGCUAACAGGACCAGGGAUGAUGGGAAUUGUAGUCCCAAACAUCUGGAGGGCCGGAGUUUGCCUAUGCCUGCAUUAGAAAGAAGCUGACAGUUUAGUUUGGGGCUUGCAGGUAUAACGGUGAAUAACAUGUGUGUGCAGUAGACUUGGAACAUACAGAAUGAGCAUCACAUUCAAGAAUGUGACCUGCACCUGUAAUGGGAAUGAUCCUGCACAGUGCUCAUCAGUUGUAGACCACCUCUAUUUUCAUGUGUUUGUGUGUAAAGUAGUGGUGGUGGAAGUAAACACACUGUUUUCAUCCCUUGUUCUGCUGGGCUGACUAUUACUGAGAGACUGAGAAACACUUUAAAAUUAAAGAGAUGGCUGUGCAAGACACAGUUCCAAAUUCAAUCCCCCCUGUCCCUGCACUGAUAGUGUUACAUAACUGGCUAUGAUUGCUCUCUUGCACAGGUUAGAUCAAAGCAAAAUAUCAUCUUGACUGCAUUGAAUAAAGGAAAGCAUUAUCCUUUUUUGCCAGCUGCCAUCAAUAACUGGUCAACAUGAUACUCAAAUGUGUAGUGUUGUUUUAACAAUUCUAUCCUGUCUUAGAUCAUUUUAAAGAGUGCUCAGUGCUAGCUUACACAUCAAUAAGCAAAUCCUGUUUAAAACACUGAUUUUAAAAUCCAUCCCUAAUUGUGUCCUGGUGUGAAAACUGACAUCGUCAUAUCUCCAAUCUCAUUUUCUGCACCAGCAACCUAUCAAUUGGCUGCUAUUGCUGUAUGUAGCUCUUAGGAUUUAAUUUUUAAAUUUUACCUAUUUUGGACGAGUCUUUAACCAGCGAUUCCCUGCCUCCAUAACAUUCCUUUUUACAGAGUUGCUUUGAAUAUUUUCUCAGAAACAAGUUACCCACACUUAUGGUGGGUAACAUGCUUUUGAUCUAAAGCAAUCUGCUUUGAUAAUGUAUGAAAGCUUGAAAUCCUGUAGACAUUGGAGGUACUCUGUGUCACACUUGAAGAAGACUUUCAGUACCAGCCAGCUCAGCUCAAGAGUUUCCUUGUGGUACAACUGUUGUUUAGACCCAGAAACUCCUGGAGUGUGUAGCCAAAGUGUGGCUGUUGGUAUCAAAGCCUAUAGCAAUUAUUCUUAAAUUAACAGUGUAAAUGUACUUUAGAGGUUAAAAUUAAUUCAAUCAAAAACACUAUGGAACUUGUGAAACAAAAUCUUCCCAGAUGUGUUCAUAUUCAUAUUGAUGAAAUAGUAUUCUCUUUUUACAGCAGCUAACUAUGAAUAAUCCACUUUGGAUACAAAAUACUCAUUUUUUUAGUAGGUGGUCAUCAGAGCCAUUAUGAUCAAGAGCAACAAGAAAUAACAUGCAUAGGGGAUAUCUGUCUAGGCUAUGGGGUGAAAUUGCAGAAUUUACAACAACCUCCCCUUCUAGGGCAUUUGCCAUAUAGAUGGAAUAGAGAUUGAAAGUCUCUAGUUGUGGUGUCUAGAAUCCAACAGCGUCACUGCUGAUUGCUCUUCAGUCUGGCAGUAAAAUAGUCUCUCUAGUCUACAGCUGUUUUAAACCAUUCUUUGAAAUACUAUGCUGAAGAAUGCUGAUCCAUCACUUGAUAAAAAUGCACACUCUCUUGUCUAUGUAGUCUCCCCAUACUCUAGACGUUCUUAACACUGUACAAAUGAGACUUUCCACAUAUAAGGAGUGUUAUAUCUGAUCUCAUAUUAGGAGCAGGAGAUAUAAGACAAGUGGAGGUAUGGUUCUAUAAAAGGAGGGUCACAGAUUAGCCACCCCGUCCUAGAAUGUAAAUGCAGUACACUCAUUACUUCUUCACUCUGACCCCAAACAGUUCCUUUUGCGCAAAAGAAGAGUGAUUUUGCUUUUAGAUUAACAUCUUAUUUUUGGACAACCUAUCUGCCUUGCAGGAUGAGAUUACCAGACCAUAGACCUGAGCUAGAGCUUUGGUUCUGGAGGCCUUUUGUAACAUGGCAGGUGGCACUAGAGGUUCAAUAAGGUACAUGUUUCCGAUGCUUCCCUAAACUAAUCAUUUUAACCACAGGCGGGGUAGCAUGCCUCCCAACAGCACCCAAACAUCCAUCCUUUCAUCAAGCCCAAGCUGCUCUUACUCAUCUUCCAUAUAUACUUUGUAACUUACUUGAGGAAUUCUUUGUUCUAAAUUAGUGGCGGGUUUCAAGCACCAGGCUCACCAGUUGGUGAUCUGUUGGCCAAAACUGGUCUCCUGGAUGCUAGUUGCCAAACCUGUUCUUUAAAUAAGGGGGGAAAUGGAGCAAAAGGGGUGGUGUGGAAAUUGUUGUUGACAUGCCACUGGGCAUUAGAGCCAUGUGCACCACACUUCCCUUCAGGCAAAAUUAGUUGCUGACUAGGACUCUCAUAGAACCAAGUAGCUUUUGUAUGGUGGGGCCACACUGCUUGGGGAAGUACUCUGAAGCAUAUUGAAAAGAAAAGAUUGACAUUUACUACAAAGAAACAUUAUUUAAGGUUUAAAACUAUGGGUUGGUGAUUGUUUUCUACAUUUUUAAUUUUGGGGUGUCUGUGUUCUCAUCUUAAAUCGGCUGACAGCAACAUGAGGUGGGUGGCAGAGAGUGACUGGAUUGCAUCUUAGAUGUCAAGCUAGGACAAAAACAAAACAAAACCCUACUCAGUGAAGUGCUUAUUUUAAUUCAAUUAUCUCCCACCCUACCCCUGCCUUUUCCAGUUGUUCAAAACUCAGGUACCAGCUCUAGCAUGGAAUGUCAGGACACUUUUUUGUUAACUUUUUUAUAGCAUCAUCAACUGUACAAAACAAAAAAACCCCAAUCACCAAAUAAAACAGGCUGAGCAGAACCUCAGCUCCACCAGGCUUCCAUCAUCACUUGGAGUUCUUUCUCUUCAUUGAGGACAUUGACUCAGUGGACAUCCUACCAAGCUGUGCACAUUGGUUCAGUCUCUGCUUAGUAUUUGUGAGUUCAGUUAUCCAACGCUAGCAUGAAACCCUUCCGAGGGGAGGAAAUUUUAACUGAAGAAAAAGAAUAUUGGGGGGGGGGGGUGUACUGGAAAUAUGGUUUAAAAAAAACCCACAUUCUGUUGUAUUUUGACAGAAUUAUUUUUAUUAAAAUAUACAUCCAUGUGCA